AAAAGAACCUUGGAUGAAAAGGAGUUGGAAAAAGGCAGUUGAAGUGAGAAGACAAGACAGGCAACAGAUGAGAGCGAAGAUUAAGAAGCAGAGCUGGCUGGGAAAUGGGAAAGUGAGCUGAUAUACACCACAUUAAAGUGGCAAUCCUUACUGAUUGCCUAUGUUCUGAUUGAACAUAGGCUACCUUCCAAAUGAAGGCUGUAAGACACAAAAGAAAAUAUCAGUUGGAUAAGCUGAUGGACUUGGGUCAAGGAUAUUUGGUUUCAAAUCACUAUUCAGUUGUUGAGCUCACUGGGUAACUAUAGCCAAGUUACCUAAUUAACCUCACUGGAUUAUGGUGAUUAUAAAAUUAGAUAACUGUGCACACCAUCAUCAGCUCAUUGAAACAAAAGUGUGAUACAAAUGGAAGAAUUUUGUAUCAUAUAAGGCACUUUUCCAUGUCCAGUAUCCCACAAGCCUGCUGCAACCCUUGUAGAAUAUAUACAGUGGUACCUCGGGUUAAGUACUUAAUUCGUUCCAGAGGUCCAUACUUAACCUGAAACUGUUCUUAACCUGAAACACCACUUUCGCUAAUGGGGCCUCCUGCUGCCGCUGCGCCACCGGAGCACAAUUUCUGUUCUCAUCCUGAAGCAAAGUUCUUAACCUGAAGCACUAUUUCUGGGUUAGCGGAGUCUGUAACCUGAAGCGUAUGUAACCUGAGGUACCACUGUAAUGUAUUAGUAUAAGGAACCUGUGGCCCUCCUGAUAUUUAUAGGCCAAGCUGCCAAUGACCAGCGAUGGUGGGAGGUAAGGAGGGCCAUAGGUGCUCCAUCUCUGAUUUAUAAGGUGAAAUAAAAUGUAGACCUGCAAUUGUUUAUUUGUUUGUUAAAUGUAUUGGCUGAUCUUCAUCAGAGUGAUCCCAGGGUAAUGUACAAUACCAAAUGCUGUGGCCACAUACAAAUUACAAUCAGCAAGAAUAAUAAAAACACAAAAUCGUGUUAUUAAAAUCACUAAAAAAUAUACUCUGAGCAAAAUUUAAAGCAGCAGUAACAGUACAUCAGGGUUUUGGAAUAUUCUGUAGUAUUUCCUGUUAAUUCAUAUUACAUCUUUCUGUACAUCGCAUCUAAAGUUCCACAAAGCGCUCCAAUAACUUGCUGAUGCAAAUGAGGCUAUUGGUACAUCUAUAGUCUGUAGUUUGACUGAAAGCGCCUUUUUCAUUUCAAAUUCCAAGUCCAUAUUGUCACACACAGUUAAUCAUUAAGCCACUUAAUCAGGACAGUUCACUGAGCAGCUUGUUGAAAGGGCAUUUAUGCAAGUGGACUUUGGAGGUAGAAGGAAAAUGGAACCAAAAAGAUUUAAAAUAUAUAUAUAUUAACUAAAUGGAGGGGGGUGAAUGAUGUUUCAGACUUCUAUUGCCAAGACACAAUCCGUUUUUUCUUUUUUAUUCUGUCAGGGAUCAGCUUUUUUUAACCAUUUAGGAUGCUGCCGAUUUGGGAAAUCAGAAUUUUGUUUUUGAUCUUUUCAUUGCUAACUAUCACCAAGAGCACAAAGUUGUUGUCAAGCCACAAAAAGUGUGGCGAUCCAGAAUGCGAAAGUAAGUAUAAGGGCUUUUGCUUUAAGUAAGCUUCUUUGAAACUAAUUUAAGUGUCGUCAAAAUCUGUAAAACAAAACAAAGCAAGAAAAAGUUUUGAAAAUGCAAUAUAUACUUCAAGAAACGUUUGCAAAAUAUUAGCUUUAUGCAUGAUUAACCUGUAUAUUUUCAACAAUAGACAAAUGCUUUCUGGGAAGCCAUUUGGUGGAACCGUGUUGUAGCAUAUGUAAAAGGGCAAAGUUCAGUAGAAAAGCUUGUUAUCAAAACAAGGGCCUAGUUUUCGUCAGAAUUGUCCCUGUGCUUAUUCAAAAUCUCUUACUUUCCAAAAGGGCCUGAUUAAUAUUUACAGUAUUUCUAUUUUAGUUAUGUAUAGAAAUUACUAGUGUUUUGUCUACCAAAUCUAUACCAUAUAUUUGGGUCGAUUCAGUUUUCUUUCUAUUUUUCUUAGCACCUUGUGAAAUCUUAUUGCUUUUGUACCUUGCCUUAAAACUGCACUGUUUGUAGCACUAUCUUUUGUAUGUUUCCUCAGAAGGAAGUGCCACUGGGUGAGUUCAGUGAGUUUUACUCCCAACCCAAGUUAAGAAUGCUUCGGAUUGUAGCUAAGGCUGCAGUUGUAUAUACUAGAAGCAAGACUCAUUGAAUACAAUGGCCUUGUUUCUGAGAGAUCAUGCAUAGGACUGUGCUGCCUGUUAAUGUUAUAUACUAGUGAAAUGCUCAUCAGUAGGACUGUGGGGUGGAGUGUUUGUGCAGAUGUGUAGGACUUGUCUAUUACGGUGUUCCUGGGCACCGUCUUUAGCAUAUGCUCUGCCGGGUUGCAAACAUCUGCCCAGCGCCCCCAAAUUCAGUUUAGCACUCUUGUUAAAAUCUAUUUUGGAAUGUAUUUCUAAUUACUCCAAAAUGUGUUUCUCACUUAGCAUUCUUCAUAAAAUGAAGAAAAAAUGCAGCUCGCAGAAUUCAUAGUGUGUGCUCUAGGUGCGUUUUUGUGGAAAUGGAAAACUAAAACCGCAUUCUGAAACGCAUGUGUAGUAGAAAAAAAUACAAGAAGAAUGUGUAUUCAUAUACAAACAUUAAACUUAUUUAGGAUACCAUUAGAGGAAAUUCUAACCAAACACUACUCAGCACAAACAAGUAAUUUAAGUUUGUUCAUUUAUUUUAAGAAUUGCAUAGUGAAACCACUUCUGAAAAAAUGUGUCCAGGAUUUUGUUGUUUCUGUAGUAAGUGGUAAAACAUUUCAUUUAAAGUGAGGUGAAAUUCCCCCCAUCUUCUAGGACAAGAGGAUAUCUAAUGUACACAAAUAAUGUAAACACAAUGCCAGUGUGUCUCGGACAUGUACUGUGAUUUUUGCAUGUGGCAACAUAUUAUUCGGGAGGAGAGUAGUUUUGUUUUUUUUAAAAUAAAAUUUAUUAGUAUUUUCCACACAACAACACGAAAAAUAUCGAAAAAUAACAAUACACAACACACAAAAACCAACAUACGAAAACUAAGGAAAGCAACAACAACAAAACAAAACAAAAAAACCCCAACAAAUCCAUAUAUUACAAGUUAAUACUAUAAAUGACUAAUACAACAACAAGACAUUGAUUUCCACCAAUCCCACAGCACCUCCUUUAUCUCUCAUUGUGUCUUUCUGUUUUCCUGUUUUCCUGAUCAUCUGUAUCCUAACAUCUAGAUAUAAAUCCCUCUUUCUUAUCCUUUCACUUCACAAGGUUAUUCCAGACUCUGCCAGAUUUCUGUCCUUGAACCUUGACUUUUGAGGUAUUCAUUUAGGCACUCCCAUUCUUUUUUUACUUCACUUUUUGGUUUUUGUCUUAUUAUGUCUGUCAAUUUGGCUAAUUCUAAGUAUUCUGAAAGUUUACAUAACCACUCUCCCAUAGUGGGUAACUGAUUCCCUUUCCAGUACUUAGCCACCAGGAUUCUUGCUGCAGACAUUGCGUAUAAUAAAAAAUUGUCUUUUGGAAUAUCGUCAUUUAAAAUUCCUAAAAGUAAUGCCUCUGGCCUUUUACUAUAUGAUAUUCUUAAUAUUUUAUUUAUUUCUUCGUGGAGGAGAGUAGAUUUUAAACUUUAGGACAGCUGAGAUAGGUCAGCUGGUUGAUCAUGAGGCUCUUAAUUUCAAGGUCAUGUGUGUUCAAGGCCCACUUUGGGUCAAAGAUUCCUGCAUUGAAGGGAUUUAACUACAGUGGUACCUUGGUUUGCAACCAUUUUGGAUUGCAACCACGUCAAACCCUGAAGUGUAUGUCCCUUUUUUUUGGAUUACAACCCAUUUUUUUUUUUUGGAUUACAACCCUUUUUUUUUUGGAGGCCCCAUUGGCAAAAGCACACCUGUUUCGGUUUACAACCGGACCACUGGAACGGAUUAUGGUUGUAAACCAAGGUAUCACUGUACAGUACAUGAUCCUCGUGUUCCCAACUCUACAAUUCUAUGAUUCUAUGACUGUCUAAAGCAACAUGUAUAAGAUCAAAUCCAGACUUCAUUUGAUUAACUUUGCUUAAGUUUCCUCUGUUUUUUACAUACAUGCAGCUUUCAUGAGCAGAGUGCUAGCCAUUAAAGACUACAUAGGACCUGACUGCCGCUAUUUGAACUUCAAAACUGGGGAAGAGAUAAUCGUAUACUCCAAACUCUCCAGGAAAAGGGAGGACUUGUGGGCAGGAAGUGUAAGUAUUUCAAAAGGCAACUAUUUCUCUUAUGAGCAAUCAGAAUUCACUUAUAUCAGCAGAUUGGUUAUUCAGAGUGUUUUUUCUUCGGGGGGUACUCAAGAGUACACAAUAACAGCACCUUUUUGUCCAGAAGAAAAGCACCGGUUAAAAGUGUGGCACUCACUGUAACGACUUCAUGGUGAGUACCGGCACCUUUUUUAUAGAAAAUAAGCAGUGGUUAUUCAUAAGUGUUUUUUCAGUGGGCUAGACACUUUUCCAUGAAUAUGUUGAGACACUUAAAAAUGCUAGCCAGGUAAGUUUCACAAAUGUUUCAGAAGUAAGUUAUGAUACCACUUUCACAGGUAGAAAAUUCAGCAUGCAUUUAGCUGCAGGGAAGAUUAUACUUUUCUUCAAUAAUUUUAUUCUGAAAUGGUGUCGAUCCAAAGGGGACACCCCCCGCUGCCCUGCAGUGCAUGAAAAAUAUUGCUCUGUAGAUUUGGCUGCUGCAACCCUGAGAGCAAACUUAUCAAGAUCUAUGCGAGCCAUAAGCCCCACCCCCUUUUUGCAGCAAAGGAAGUUUCUGAGUAAGAAAGGUUCCUAGAAUUUAGACAAAAUAUUUGUCUAAAACUGUACAGUGGUACCUCGGGUUACAUACGCUUCAGGUUACAUACGCUUCAGGUUACAUACACUUCAGGUUACACACUCCGCUAACCCAGAAAUAGUGCUUCAGGUUAAGAACUUUGCUUCAGGAUAAGAACAGAAAUCGGGCUCCGGCGGCACGGCAGCAGCAGGAAGCCCCAUUAGCUAAAGUGGUGCUUCAGGUUAAGAACAGUUUCAGGUUAAGAACGGACCUCUGGAACGAAUUACUUAACCCGAGGUACCACUGUAUGUGGAAUAUGCCAUACAGCAUCGCCUGCUAAUUUCAUGGUAUAUAUGUUUUAUGAAAUUAAUACUAACAAAGUGAUGCUGGUAAGAGUGCCAGGACUACAUUAGGGUGUUUCCACACCUCACAGUUUACGGGUGGUCAGCACUCUGAAUCAGGCCAUGUUGUCUUUACAAAUCAGUGGUAGUUCUCAUGAACUAGCAGGAACAGCAUGUGAAGAAUACAAGUCGCUCAAGUCUGUGGUCCACUUUGCCACUGUAGUGAGUGGUUCAUCACAUAGUGCCAUUAACAAAUGUUACAGGUAUUCAUAAUCUUUUGGCAUUAAUAUAAUGCAAUAUAUGACUGCGUGUGUGGUUUAUAACUCUCCCUUGGUGGGGCGGGGGGGGGGCAAUAUGGUACUUAUUUUGGUUCCUACUGUUAAUAAAUUGUGCCCUAGGUAAGAUUUCAAAGUGAUGUUAAUACAGUGGUACCUCGGGUUACAUAUGCUUCAGGUUACAUGCGCUUCAGGUUACAGACUCCGUUAACCCAGAAAUAGUGCUUCAGGUUAAGAACUUUGCUUCAAGAUGAGAACAGAAAUCGUGCUCUGGCGACGUGGCGACAGCAGGAGGCCCCAUUAGCUAAAGUGGUGCUUCAGGUUAAGAACAGUUUCAGGUUAAGGACGGACCUCCGGAACAAAUUAAGUACUUAACCUGAGGUACCACUGUACUUAACCCGAGGUACCACUGUAUUGUGGCAUGCAGUGUCAUCCUUUUAAAUCCUCUUGGCAUAAACCAUAAUAGUUUCUUUGAACAUUCCCUUCUAGAGGUGUAAUUUCACAUUAAGUGUAGCACUCACUAUUACAUUACUUCGGUCUAUGUAAACAAGAACAUUUCUGUGCUUUUUUAUUAGCCAAGCAACUAGGUCAUAUCCCUGUUUCCAAAUAAAUUAACUGGGAAUAUUUGCUAGAGACAUUGUGGAACAAUAUAAGGCCAUUAUUGUACCCAGGAGGACCCAAACAGCAAUUAAUGACUGAUUAUUGUAAUGUACAAGAGUACUUUUAAUAAUGUGCAAAAUAAUAACAUUAAAAGUUCUAUUACUUUGUGUAUUUUUAUGAAGCGGGAGAGAAAAUUUUCUGAGGGUUAAUAAGAGUUUGGUUUUUUUAUCCCGACUUAAUUGAAAUAAGUGCAGAGAUUCUUCUCACAAUUGUAUUUGUUGUUUAUCAAUUUUAAGUACAAAACCCCAUUUCUUUUAUAAUAAAAAGCUACAUGUUUAAUUUUAUAGAAAGGUGCAGAAUUUGGAUAUUUCCCAGUGGAUGCAGUCCGGAUUGAAGAAACUUUUAUUACAAAAGAAGUAGAACUGCCAACUAAGGUAAAUUAAAGUAAUAUCAAAAUGGACACAUUUGGUUGUGGAAAUGUAUAUAUGAAUGUAUGUAUUAAACUUGUUAUAGAAUCAUAGAAUCUUAGAGUUGGAAGAGACCCUGAGGGUCAUCUAGUCCAGCCUCCUACAAUGUAUCUCAGCUAAAGGAUCCAUGACAGAUGCCCAUCUAACCUCUGCUUUAAAAACUCCAAGAACAGAAACUUGGGAGAAACCAAAAUUGAAAGACUUGCCCAUCUCUACUCAAAGGCCUGUGCAUCAGAGUCUUUUAAGUAUCUAUCACCGCUCCUUCCAACAAAUAUGUAUAAGAUUAUACAUUUGCAUGUGUGUAAAACAUGUUCUCUUUCAACUGCAUGAACUACUCAACUUUGUCUCAUAAAAAUGAUUAAUAAAGUUGCUGUUUUAAAUAUUCCUUGUGUUAAUUUUUAAAGAGAAUGUACAUUUCACAAUUAUUUAACAACUUAAUUAUUUUAUAACUUCCCAGUUGGGGCAUUUGCAUGCUUUUAAAAAAUAUUCAUAAUGAUAUAAUGUUAAGAAAUAGUAGAGUUGUAUUAAAUGGGUAGUAGCGUAUUAACUUCAGACACUUGCUUAUUUUUAGGAAACUGAUUUCCUAUGUAUUGAUGAAGGGGAAUACGUUUUUGAAAAUGAAGACAGCAUACUUAAUCAUUAUGACAAAGAAAAUGAAUAUAUACCUCCGUACUCAGAAGAAAAAGACACCAAAUUUGAAAUGCCUGAAGAUGAAGUCUUGAAACUUGGAGGUAUUUCUUACCCAAAUGAAUAUAAAGAACAAUUUCCUGACAGUCAUGAAUCUGACAGUAAAUACAAAGACCUGCAUACACUGGAAACUACAAGCCGCGGUGAUACAGAACUCAGAGACAGGGAGACUAGACAAGAUGAGACUACUCCGGAAGAAGACCAAAUUAGUCAGACUCCGCAAACUGUCCCAACUCAGUCGGCCUGGACUGUGUCUGGUUUUGUUGGCUGGCUUGGCUUGGGAAGUAAUGAAAAUGAGGAGGCGGUCAGAAAAAUAUCACAGAAAACAGAAGAAGUUACAUUCAGGCGCAGGAAAAUCGCAAUCACUGAUGAUAGUGGCUUUAAAAAAUUAAAUGAAGAGGGUGAAACAGCACCACAAGGCUCCAGCUGGUUUAAAAGUACUUUCACAGAUUUGAUGCAUCUUGGAAGUGACAAAUCAGAACUUGAUCUGCUGUACAAAGAAAAUGAUCCAGAAAUCCAUGACAGCUCCACCAUUGCUGGCAAUGCCGGCCACCAUGGCAGUUCUACCGCAUCAGAAGGAAGAAAAGAACAUAGCAAUUCCCAACAAUCUGAAUCAAGCUGGUUUGAUCUGGAAUUCAGUGAUAUUUUGCCUUUUCGUUACGCUGAAGAAAACACAGACAAAGAAAAGCUUGCAGCUGGAGGAGAAGCAGAUCAAGAUGAAGAACAGCGUCCAAGUGAACAAUCAAGCUUAAUGGACGAUGGCUUGAGAAAGCAAACAGGCAGACUGAUGCCCUAUGAAGAACAAGACAAAGGGAAAAUUGUUCAAGAAACCCCAGAGCAAGCAGCUGAACCAACUCUUUACGAAGGACAAGUGAAAGAAAAAUAUGACCAAGAAGCCCCAGGCAUGCAUGUUAGAAAAACAGAUUCUGAUGUGGAGUUAGCAGAUGAGCAUGCAGACGUAAAGGAUGCAGCAAGUCCAUCACCUUUGCUUGGUGAUAAACGACUUAAGUCUCCCUAUGCAGAACAGGAUUCAAUACCAGACAACCAAGUUAUGGAAAACAAUAAAAUUAAAGCUGUAACAAAGGAGUCAGAAAGAACAAAUGACCAGUCAGGUUGGUAUGAAAGUAUGUAUAACGGUUUGACUGAUUAUAAUAGGGUUACAUCAGAUACUCAACCAGGGCAUGAGUAUGUAACUGUUGGGAGUCCACAGGAAUCAGCUGUAGAUCAGUUAUCAUAUAGUAUAGGUCAAGGUACUGCAAAGGAAGAAAAUCAUGAGGGUCCUAAAAACCAGAAAUCUUUCUUUUCUGUUAGUUAUUUUACAAGGGUACUGAAUUUUCAGAGUUUUAUAUCUGAAGGAACCAAUAAUGCUCAGCAUGCACACAAUAAUCUAAAGUCUAGUGAGGAAAGCACCCAAUUUAAAAAGAGUGAGGAAGUAUUACAUAUAGGCAAAGAAGAAUUACUAGAAAAUCAGAAUAUUACUGAAAAGGUGCCAGAAAACAGAGAUGCUGAUACUACCCAGGGAAACGUUUUGCUGUCUUCUUUAGCAGUAAAAUGUAGUGAAGAAAGUAGAGAAAAAAGACAGGGUGAACAACUAGCGAAAGAUAAUACACCACAUCCUCUGUCAGUAAAAUCUAUAGAGUUAGAACACCAGGUUUCCUAUGGUCAAUGUACAGGAAAAAAAUUGUAUGGAAGACCUUUGGACACACAGGGCCAUUCCAAUAUAGAAGAUAAAAACAAUGUUCGUAACUUAGAGGCCAAACAACAGUCUUCUUUAGAGCUACAAAAGCUAGCUGAUUUGGCAGAGCGAAAGGAUUAUAUUAUUAGUGAAACAUAUUCCUAUGAAAAAUCUAUCCUAGGAGAAGAUGAGCCACAUGAUGGGAAAGCAAUCAGACCAGAUAAUGUUGAACAAGCACUAUUUUCUGAGGAGCUGAAUGAACAUUCAGAUAGUUUUUCCAAAUCAAAGAACAUUCCAGGCGAAGAUAAGAUACCUCUUGAUGAAGAUAAGCCAGUUAUCCAAGGGAGCAGAGAAUUUAAUACAAAAGAUCAGAAUCCAUUUUUAACAGAACAACAUGAAGCACCAGAAUUAACAUACAGUGUAAGAAGACUACCACAACAACAGUAUAAGGCUAUUAACAAAGAUUCCAAAUCUAGCAAAUGCAAUGUUAAUAAAAAUAAUUGUUUAGUCUCAAAAGUUUUGAAUGGGAGUAGUCGUACUCCUGUCAUAGGUUAUACAGAUGUUAUGAAAGGAAUACAAGUUUCAGAUCCAGUGCCACAUUUACAUUCAAAAAAACGUAUAAACAACAAUAUAAGGGCAGAUAAUGUUGUAGAUUCUCACGAUGAAAAGAAACUUCCUGAUGUUAAAAAUAUAGAAAGUGUCCCCUCUCAUGCCAUCCAAGAUUAUUUUCAUAUCAAUCCCAGUGCUGAAGAUGAGAUGAACCAAAGUGUAGUUACUAAAGUAGGCAAGAAUUUGUUUUCUCAAGAAAGUGCAAAAGAACAAAAUCAUUUUUCACAGCAUAUCUCAGAACUUAGUGAAGGCAAACAAGGACACAAUGAGCAAAAUACAUCAAGUAAUCAAGGACCAUCUCCACUGUCUGGGGAAGUGUUUCAAAGUGAAAAGGAGAUUUCCGGGGACAGCAGCCGCAUACUGAAUUAUGAUUCUGUCGCCUACGGUGUGCAGAAGAAAGGCUUUCAGGGCCCACAAGUGCAGAUAGGUGAAAAAGGUGUUGAAGAGGAACAAAACUCAAAAGCAAUAGAAGAACAUUUAGAUAGUGCUCAAGUUAGUGAUGCUUCAUUAAUAGAUCAGCAAGAGCAAAGUGUAUUUCCUUAUCCUAGCUCCUCGGGCACUUUUUCCAAGAAAAGUAUUUACUCACCUCAAAUGUGUGCAAGUCUGACACAUCAGAAGGAAGAUAAAGAUGAGUUAAAAGGUGAAGAAGUAUCUUCCUACAUUGACUGUCAGAGUACCAAUAUUAUGAGCUUAGUACCUGACAAAAAGUGUAUAAGUCAGAAGGGACAUGAUAGAAAACAACAUUUAACUGCGGAUUUAGAAGUGAAGAAGCUUAGAAUCUCAGCUCAGCAUAAAAAAAUAGAUAGCAUUCCAAAUACUGAAGAAACUAAACCUGAGUAUCAGAAACAAAUAGCAUACACAACUUCAGAGAUAACUGACAUAAAACCUGAAGACAGUUUAGCGACAACUGACUUUAAUAGUUUACCUCAGAAACAAUAUACUGUAGUUGGAACAAGUCCUGCCCGUGAAAAUCCAGUCCAGCACUUAGAAGUGCAAAGUGAUACAUCUAAUCUAGAUAUUAUUAUUAAUCCUAGCAAACAUUUAUCACAUCAUCUUCAGCCUGCGGAUGAUUAUAUGUACCCUAUCCCUCCACAUGCUAAAGAUGGCAUGGACACACAGCAUUUAGCUAAAGAUCAUCAUGAUGAAACAUUUGCACAUGACUUAAUUUCUCCUUUUCCUAAAAAUCUAAACCAUGCAGAGAAAGUAGCUUAUUCUGGGCAUGCAAGAGAUAGUCAAGAAAAAGGCAAAACAGGUAAAGAUAGUGAGAAAAAACUAAGAUGCAAGAAUAUUGAUUGCACAAGUGACAAGACAGAGAAAGGAGGUGUCGGGAGUAACAUUUUUGGUAAAAUAUCACGGCUUCUUGGAGAGCCAUUUAAAAAUAAGGACGAUGAAGACUCUAAAAAAUAUGAAGAUAGUAGAAAUAUUAUUGGAACACAGAUUAAGACACAGAGGCAGGAGGCUGAUGUAGUGAGAAGUGACUUUGAACAAGACAAAGGUGAAGUUCAGAGCACAAAAGCUAUCAGGUAUUUAGAUAAUUUUAAAAUUAAGGAUGAAGGAUCUCAGGGCCCAGGGGAAAGAGACAGCAACAUCCAGGGAAAAUCUGUUGCUUCAGACUCAAAAAAUUACAACCAAAAGUAUGACAGAUCUGCAAAUCAGGAGACAAUAGUUCAAAAUGGUCAAUUAACAGCUGAUACAGAGUUGGACCUGAAAGAAGCCACUUCCUUCAGUGGAUUACAGGAACUUUAUUUCAAGUUUGUUGAGGAAUCUAAAAGGAUACUUGAAGCAAAUAUGUGUGAAAGGCAUGAACUGCAGCUACUAGAGCAAGAGUUUGAAAAACUUCGCCGUGAUAUCACCACUUUUCCAUGUGAAGAUAUUCGCAGGGAAAUGAAAGAUGUGACCACUUUGCUGGAACAUGAAAAUAAAUUAAACAGUGGACAUGAAAAGUGUUUGAAGGAUAAAGUGAAUUUACUUCCAGAACUGCACAGUCUUGUGCUGGACAUCAGAAACAAAUGUGAAAUCCAAAAGGCAGAAUCAGGUACCAGACCACUGUUUUGAUAAUAAAAGUUAACAAAGCAAGAACAAUAUCGCACUUUGCUUUUUUAUUUAAAAAAAGCAAAAUGUCUGACCGAUGGGAUGAUGUGAUUUUUUUUCAGUAUAAAAUGAACUAUAGAAGCUGAUGCCCAUUAUAAGCUUACACAACAGCUGGAUAAUACCAAGUUGCAUUGUGCUUUGUCAGGAAAUAUAAUAUAGAACCGAAAAUACAAAAAGAGAAUCAUUCGUUUUCUAUCAGAAGAAUAAAUAGCUGGGUGCUGGAAGGAUGCAACAGUCCCACAGCAACAACAGUAUCUCAGAAGAUACAUGUUUGGUAGGGCUAGUAACAAAAGGCUUUUUUGUUGUUGCUUACCUAUCUGGAUUUUAGUCCAUUACAGUUUACUAAAUAUGAUUAUUAUAUAAGGAAAAGUCAUAUUUAAAUUUUCAUCUUCAGUAUAAGAAUGGAAAAUGUAACAUAUUUCUUGUCACAUUAAUAAAUUGAUAUAAAAAGGCUUCCAGAAGUGAUCAGGUUCAAAUUCCAUCAGUCAUGCUUGUAUACAUCUCCACGCUAGCCAGUUUCCUGCUUCUAACACAUUUAAAUGCAGUAAUUUUAAAUUGUCAGUCUUAAUAAUUUCAGGGAUGUCAUCCAAUGCUUUUUUCUUCCUUCUUUUCUGCUUGCAUUUCUUUUGCCAAAAUUUGUGUUUCCUUCCCCCCUCCUUAUUCAGACAAUACUUCAGGUUUAUGAAGGAACCUUUCUCGCCUCCAAGAGCUUCCUUGACUCAUUUCAUUAGCCAUGCUUUGCCGUGGCGGUAUAUUCCCUGAUUUUAAUAGUAACACCUAGCCUUUCCUUGUUUAAAAAAUUAUUGCUAAUUAUAAGUUGGGAGAUUGUAGUACUGGAGAACUUUAAUGAUUGAAAUGACAAUGAUAUAUGAAUAGGGAUCCUGGGAAUUGACAUGCAGGGAAAAAAUGGAUAAUCAGGUGGAAGUAAACAUGAUACCACUUCUAUAAUUAUUUGUAGGUAUGACCAAUAAUGGAAAACUACCUGACGAUCAUCCUAAAGAAAAACAUCACUUGAAUUUGGAUAAAGAAUCUAACAGUGGCCAGCAUAUAGAAGCAAAUAAUGUGCCUUCAAUAAAUACAGAGAAGAAAAUACAUCCUUCAGCCAAAAAUAGUCAACAUCAGCCAAAUUCAAAAAGAAAAUUAUCAGAGAACAAUCUAGUGACUCAUAACUAUACUAUCAGUAACGGUAAGGAAUAUGAUUAAUCUAAAAACUAUAAUUACAUAUAGUAUUCUGUAAAGAAGAUAUAUUGUAAUACUCAUUCUCUCUUCCUCUACUUUUUCAUGAAACAGAAAGAGAAUGGCUAUUUCAGAUAAUCCUGCAUUUGAAUGACUUCUGUGCCAUUAUAACAUCUGUAUUUUCAGUGAUGGCAUCUACCAGUAAAAAGGUAUGUUUAUUUACUUUGGAUUUCUACAAUAAUCAUAAAAAUGCACUAGUUACAGCUUUGAAAACUUUUUAUUUGACAUUUAAGCACAAAAUUCCUCCUAAGUUUGCAUUUGCUAGUACACUCCCCUGUCACUUCCCUGUAGUUUUCAAAUAGCACUGAACCUGAUCUAAAGUAGGAAUGGACGAAGGUUAUGAAUGUUUGCAAGUUGAGAUGGGGGAGAAAUUUGAUUCAGUUUGCAUUUAAAGGAGCAUCUAUCAAAGUCACACUUUCUGAAACAAUAUGAGAACUGAAAUGCAGCCAUCCUUCCAAAUUCGCACUUAUCUGGAUUUUGCAAUGCAGUUGUCUGGGCAAGUAAGGUGUGCAAAAAUGCAUAUAUUGGGGUAAAAGUGUGCUUAAAACUGGAUGCAUUAUAAACAAAAUACAUUAUAUUAGGAGAAAAUGCUUGCAGAAAUGAAUAUUAUUAGUCAAAGCUACAUACAAUAAUAUGUGUGUUAGGAGAGAUUUGCACUGAAAUGCUGAAGUGUUUUUAUGAGGUUUGUUUUUAAAGAAUUGCAAAUCACUGCAGAAAUGUGUAGAACUAAAUUUAAUACUGGAAAAAUUAGAAACUGAGAGAACUGAAAUGGACAGGUCCUUCCAUCUCUACUGACUCCUGUGAUAUCACUAAGAACUGCUCCUUAUCUCCCUGUUAAAUUUGGCCUGCAGUGGGUGGAAGGGAUAAGGAUCUAAUUGUAAAGAACUACAGUGCCCUGAAUUCUUUGAGUGGAAAAUGUGCUUUUAAGGUCGGCAAUAGUGUCGUAUUAAGCCUCUUGAAUUCUCAUAUCAAUGCGUACAAGAGUGCACAGUGCCUCCUAGGGAGGCAUUUCAUUUUUGCAUACAUGUGCUUUUUGCAUGGUUGCCAUCACAUUUUAAAUUUGUUCCGAGCCUUGUAACACAUGCAGAUUCUUUGUGUAGGUCUCCUGACUAAAACACUAGGAAUACCUUGCAGUAGAUGACAUGAGGAAGCAGUAGAAGACAUGUCUUCCUUGGCUCAUCACUUUAUUUUCUAGGUAGAAUGGAAUUAAUUAUCUUGUGUGAAGCCUAAAAGCUUCCUGAGAGCCCACAGAGAGUUAUCACUCUUUUGUAAAAGGCAAGAGUGAUGAGUUUUGAUGGGAGAGGUUUGGCUGAAAUCUGUGCUAAACUCUGAAGCUAAUCAGAGUGACCUUGCACGCAGGGCCGUCUUAAGUAUAUCUGGUGCCGUGGUGCAAAGAUCCCUCUGGUGCCCCUCCCUUUCCCAGAAUUUAGAACUCGUGGACCACCUCGUAGCUCCGGGAACCACCACCCACAGAAAACGCCGCUGAUGUGGUGGGCACGGUGUGGCUGGCCAGACCGCCAGAACCCCGCGCUCGCUUGUGAGGCUCCAGGGCAUCUCCUCCUCCUCCACUUCCUAACAACGACAGCCCGCUGUUGGUGCUCUUGCUGCUGUCCAGCGGCCCAAGGAACAGGAGGCGGUUGCCACGCCGCUGCCUGUGCCCCGGGGAGUGGUGGUGGUAGGGCGGCGGGCACCAGUGAUGCAGAGGAGGCCCCUUGGGAGCCACUCUCACCACUGCCGCUCCCUCAGAAGAUGACGACAGUGGCUCGGCGGGCGGCGGCUGAGGGGAGUCCCGCGGUCGAGGGAGAGGAGGCGGAAGAGGCAGCGGCCUGUCCUCGGCCACUGCCUCAGAGUCGAGGAUUGGCUCCUCAUCCACUGCAGCCCAUGCCGCCGCCACCGAGCACUUUGGGGAGCAGCACAAGCAGCAACAGCGCCAAUGCUCCUGCCUGUAGAGGGGGGCAGGCCGAGGAGGGUAGGAAGGAAAGAUGGUUGGUGGGGCGCAGCUGGCAGCGUGCAGGAAAGGCGAGGCCACCGGCAAAGCCGUGCAGCUCCCCCACUCGCUGGGGCGCCCCUAAAAAGCAACGAGCCACUAAGCUCUAUGGGAAAGACGGCUGUGCUUAUACAUUGGUAUCCCUCAGCCUCACCUGUAUCACAGAGCUAUUAAUGUAUAGGUCAAAUGAAAGAAGAAUAUAUUGUAGCUGUCCUGAGUCAUUUUGAUAGGAUGGAAAUUUAUGCAAAUACAAAUAAAAAUGUGGUAAUUCAGACAAAGUUAGUGAAAAUGCACAAGCUUUAACUGCCUGACAGAAAUAAGAGGACUCUAAAAUUUCAGAAUCUUUCUAGCUGCAGCAGUUUCAUCAUACAAUAAUGGAAUAAAGAGGGGCGCAGGUGGUGCUGUGGUCUAAACCAUGGAGCCUCUUGGGCUUGCUAUUGGAAGGUCGGUGGUUCGAAUCCCCACAACGGGGUGAGCUCCCAUUGCUCUGUCCCAGCUCCUGCCAACCUAGCAGUUCAAAAGCACGCCAGUGCAAGUAGAUAAAUAGACACCGUUGCGACAGGAAGGUAAACAUCAUUUCUGUGCGCUCUGGCACUCAUCACGGUCCUCUGUGCACCAGAAUCGGUUUAGUAAUGCUGCCCACAUGACCCGGAAAACUGUCUAUGGACAAAUGCCGGCUCCCUCGGCCUUAAAGCGAGAUGAGCGCCGCAACCCCAUAGCUGCCUUUGACUGGACUUAACCGUCCAGGGGUCCUUUACCUUUACCUAAUGGAAUAAAUAACUCUUAUCCGGGGUUCCUUAAAAUUUAACCUUAAGAGAUUAAAAGUGUAUGUUCUGAAGAAUGAAUUGACAGCCUGAACUGAAACAUGCUUACUUGGACAUAAGACCCACCAAGUUCAAUUCAACUUGUGUCUUAUGUAUGCUGCAUCUUGCAAAUUUAUCCAUAUUUAGAUAAGUGAAGUUGCCUUAGUAUUAAAUACAAGUAUAAGACAAUUACAUGAGAAAAUAGAUAUUAAUAAGAAACCAGCGUUGCCAUACAGGUAGCAUAUAUGUAUUUCAAGUCCAGCUUUCAGGCCUUGUUAUUUGUGAGUCUGAUAAGAUAAUAUUUUCAGCUGAGUCAUAUACUUGUAAAAAAAGAAAAGAAAAAGUGUUACCUAAGCAUCUGUUUAGCAAUACCUUUUAAAUACUUGCUGCAACUAAUCUUAUAUUUCACAACAACCUGACUACUGUAAUACUAUACUGGAAGAAAGUUGCUUGUCAUUAACCUCCCUUUUGCACCCCUUCCUUAAACGCAUACAUGUCAAAGCAGGAUCUCUUUUCCAUUUGGAAACAUAAGCUACGGGAGCUCUUGUUAUCUGGAUAAACAACUAGGAAACUAGAGCUAAUUUAAUUAUUCUUACAGAUUUUUUAAACAUAACUUUUAUGUGAUUACUAUACUUGGUUCGUAAAUGGAAAGAGCAGAGGAAGAGGUAAGUUUUUAAAGGUAGUUAAACUUUUAACGAUAGUGAAAGGUGGGGAAUGUUGUAUCUUUAGAGUGCCAGACUUUUUAGUGCCACAUAGACACUCCAGUCUGGUAGAUCUUUUACUGCUGCCUUUUUAUUUCUUUUUUGCUUUGUAGUUUUGUCUUUUGACAUUUUGAACACUAUGACUUGUGAGAGUUGGCAGCUGAGCUUCUUAACUUAUUCAUCAUGUUUUAGGAAUAGUUCCUAGGUCAUGACAUUCGCCGUGGUCCCAGGGAAUGACACCCAGGUAUCAAGCUAAUUUUCAUGUUGAAGUAAAGGGCCAGCUGUUUAUACACUGAGGUGCAAAUAGCCUAUACCAAUUUAAUGUAAGAAUCUACAGAAGAAAUUGUUAUUAGAGUUAAUCAAAAUGUCUCCUAUUUCAUACUCCUAGACAUAAAUACAAUUUUCCAGAGUAGGAGAUUUUCCUUUUCUUCCUUGGCCCCCACCCACACGCUAUUAGCUUGAUUUAUUUCCCCUGCAAUCUUUGCAGUUUUCUCCCGCUUCGGUGUUUCUACUAAGAACUGCAAGUACUACAAGGAAUAUUAUCCCAAGUAUUCUAGGAUUCUUAACAACAAACUGUGCAUUCUUAUCUGUUUGAAGAGAAAAAGCACAUGCUUGAACACAGUGUUACUUAAAAUGCUCCCAGAUUGAAACACAAUGCUAUAAUUGUUAUUGGAGUUACGUAAUUGUCACCUCUAUGCUAAUGCUGUUUAAAGUUCCCAUAAAUAUAAUUUCCCCUCAAGUUUACAAAAAAGGGUAAUCUGUAUUAAGGUUCUGUAGCUUCAGCCUUUGUGGGGUGACCUACUUUCAGAAUGGCUUCAAGAUCAAGGUUGAGGAACCUGUGGCUCUCCAGAUGUUGCUCCCAUAACUUCCUGACCAUUGGCCAUGCUACGUGGGGCACAUGAGAGUCCGCCUCAUCUGGAGGGCUGCAGGUUCCCCUUCCCUCUUUAGAUGGGCUAUGGACACAUAGAAACGCAUGCAGAGAACAAGCAGCACAAGUUGCUUGGGCAUUGUUUUCCUUCUGCAUUACAGUGUUAGAAGCUCCUCCUCUGAAUAUAGGUCCCUAUCAUCUUACUAGGAAAACAAGAAAAUAUUUAUCUCAAAAGUAGUAGUCAACCAAAAUUUAUUUUCAUUUAUGUAAGAUUGAGCAUCAUAGUCACUUAUAUUUUUAUGAAAGAAGGCCCCAAAGACUAAACCCUAUUUUAAACACAGUACUUGGAGAUGGAUUCCUUAAUUAUAAUAAACCUAAAGGCAGUUCAAUCCUGUUCUUCUCCCCACACCCAUAGCUGUUGUGGUGCAAAGGCUUGUGCAAUACAAAUACAGUGGCAAUACCAUUUUUGCUAAAUGGACAAGGGAAUCUGUUUGUUUGCCACACUCUCAGCUGAUAGAACUCGGUUUUUGAAACAUGAAACCACAAAGGAAAGAGCUUGCCUGACAGCAGCUGUCCCCCACUUUUUAGCUUUUCCGGGGUGGGGGAGGGGACACCCUCUUUGUACAAUACUCCUGUGUAGCAAAUAGUUUUUCUUUAGCACCACACAGCAGCAGAGCCGAAGGCUGCCUCAGUAAUGGGGAAAAAGAACAAGGGUCAACUUGCUCAAUGCUGGAUCCUAUGCUUUGCGCUUCAUCUGCUCAACACAUGAGCAUAGUGUCAAAUUCUUACUGCCCAGUAUAACAAUGUAUUCAAGACAUAUGUCAUUACGCCACUGAAUUCAGUGUGAUGUUGGACUGUGGCCUCAAUGUGUUUAGAAUGGAGCAGUUGGUGAAGUAAAAAGAUCUCGAAUAUAAUUUCCUACUGGGACGCAAUACUUAAAGCAGGGACUUGUUACACUGGUUGCAUGCACUGUCAUAAACCUGUAUCAGAACGUGGUUCUGCUUGGCUGCUGCUAAUUCAUGCUUGCUCAAUCUGCAUUUAAAUAAGGCAAUGAUUUAUAAUUUAUCAGUAGUCUGAGAAGCAGAGAUACAAGUCUCAAACUAGUUAUAUUGACUUUGUAAAAAUAAAAGUGUACUAUUGAAAGAAGAUACGUUUCAGCAUAAACUAGUUCCCUACAUGACUCUACUUAAAAAUAUCAGUGUUCUUUACUCCAGGGCCAGAAUGUUCUAUUGGGGAGCUUAUUAUUCCACCCCAUAUAUUAUCCCAUAGGGAGCAGCUACAUGAUUGGUCCCUGCUUGUGGUUUGGCCUGCUUGUGAAGAUUUUUACCCCAUGAGACCUAAGACACGUAGCACAAUUCUGUACAGUAUAUGCUUGGAAGCACUGAGUUUGUUGGAAGGUUUAAGACAGAUAAAACUAUACAGAGCAUAGUCAGACUAUGGACCUGUUCCUUCACUUCAUUCGCAGAUGGAGGCAGAAAUGCUUGCGAAUACCAGAGAGGAAAGUGCUCUUGUGCUCAUGUUCUGCUCCUGAUUUCCCACAGGCAUUUAGCUGGCCAUUGUGAGAACAGGAAGGUGGACCUAGGUGGCCAAUGAUCUGAUCCAGCAGGCUCUUCUUGUGUUCUUACUCCUUACCUGUUUAGGGCUGCAGAUUAGUUUAUACCAAUAGUCCAUCUCCUUCAGUCUUCCACAGAUUAAAAUAGGGAUAUGCUUGUAGCAUGCCUCAUCUCGUCCAAGGAUCCUGUUGCAAGCCCUUAACCCCCUCAACUAUCGCAUAUUGUUGAAAGCUCUCCAGUGCCCUUUGCAUAUGUUGCAGUAUACUCUGCAAUAACGUGCACCGGUUUAAAAGCCAAAUGACUGAUUUGACUUUGGCCGGAGAGAAAAUUGCAACUGUCUUCUUUGGCAUUUUUUUGUCUCAACAAAUUAACUAACUUGCACCACCGCCCUUUCCUAGAGCAACAUGAGCAGACACGGAAGAUGGCUGCGUAGGAAUUGCUUGCUCUGUGUCAUUCAGGUCGCUGCUUGGAGUUGGUUUGUAGCCUCCUCGGGGCUGGAUGGUUUAUUUUGCCCCUUGCGAACAUGCAGAAAAAUACAGGGGAGUGGGUGCUUCCUGCUGCCGUGCAGUGGGGGCGACUGAAAUGCCUAUGCGGCCUCCUGCCCCAACACCGAAACAGCCUCUCCUUCCCCGGCAGCGCCGCCGUCUCUCCUCCUUCCCCCCUCUUUUUUUCCUUUUUAAAGAAAACCCUUUCGCGACGGCGGUGUCCUUCUUUCGCGGCGCCCGACUCUCCCUCCCCUCCGGCCAUGGUUUCUCCCGGCUCCCCCCUCCGAGGCUGCCGGUGGUGCGUCCCGUUGGCCGGGCGGGCGCCCAGGACAGGAAGAGGCGGUGUGGGCGGCGCCGCCGGUUGCCGCUGGGCCGCCCUGAGCCGAGCCGCAGUUGCUGCAGUAAAGAUGGCUGCUGCCAGCGACGCCGCCGUUGCGGGGGGCAGCCCGGAGGACGCCGUGGAGGCCGUGGCCGGAGGCCUCGGGCUGGGUUGGCGGGACGGCGCUCGGCGCUACUGCGGGCUGGCCUUGGAGAGCGUGAGUGCGGGGAAGGGCAGGGCGCUGGGGGGGCGUGGAGUCGUCGGCCUUUGCCGGGGCUCUGCGGCUCUGCCUUGCCCCCGGCUGGGAUGCCGCCUUUGCUUGCCUUGUGACGAGAGAGGGGCCCAAAGCCUACUCCCCCCCCCCACGUUGCGCCCAUCUCACUGGCACGCCCGUCAAGGCUGCGGUACUCAAGAGGCGGGGGCACUGCGCCGUGCACAUGCUCAGAGGCACUGCCGUGUUGCUUCAAGCGUUCCUGGUUAUUAAAAGCCCUUUCUAGGACAAAGUCCAGGUUCAGAUGAUGCCCUUUAAUGACAAAAUGCCUCCAGGCUGGCAUAACGUCUCCCAGGUGGCUGUGUACCGUGGGUAGAUGGUGGUGGUACUAGGAAUGCAACCAUUGACUUAAGCCAAGUAGGUUGCCACCUUUUUUCUCAAAGGGUUCCUGUGCUGUUAAGAGCUGUGAGAGGCUGACAUUCAGGUGGAGCUUUCUCAUUGCCUCAGUUUAGUUCCAAAGGUGUAUUUUGUCUGUCACCUGUUUGUUAAAGGGAUAGGCGGAUCUCUGUCUGGAAGAAGGAAAGAGGUGUCUGCUGUAAAACUCAAAGUGGCUCUCUAAUGUAGUCUGUUCCUCUCUCUUGUAUCCUAUUUGCUUCUGUAAGAAUACUAUAGGUUGAAUUCACAUGUGCAUAUUUGUCCGUCUUUGAUUUGCCUCUGUGUAGCAACCAUUAUAUGGGAUGCGUGUGGCGCUGUGGGUUAAACCACAGAGCCUAGGACUUGCCGAUCAGAAGGUCGGCGGUUUGAAUCCCAGCACCCGUUGCUCAGUCCCUGCUCCUGCCAACCUACCAGUUCGAAAGCACAUCAAAGUGCAGGUAGAUAAAUAGGUACCGCUCCGGCGGGAAGGUAAACGGCGUUUCCGUGCGCUGCUCUGGUUCGCCAGAAGCGGCUUAGUCAUGCUGGCCACAUGACCCGGAAGCUCCCUUGGCCAAUAAAGCGAGAUGAACGCUGCAACCCCAGAGUCGGCCAGGACUGGACCUAAUGGUCCCCUUUAUCCUUUACCUUUAGCAACCAUUAUAAAUCAGGUACCUUGGAUCAAACCAGCCUCAAAUACUAUGUUUUUUGGUAGAAGCAAUUCAUGCCAGCUAUUGUGUGAUGAGACAUGCAUGUGUGGAUCAGUUCAUAGUGUUGUGUCUGAGAGAUGGUGAGGCCCAAGUUCAAGAGCUGGGUUCCACUUGACCAUAGAACAGAGUGAUGUUAGACAGUGCACUAACCUAUCUCAUACAGUAAGUUUGUCAUCAGAAUGAAAUAAUUGAGGCAGGGAUGGGGAAACUGUGGCCCUCCAGAUGCUGUUGGAAUCCAGCUAUCAUUAGCCCAGCUGUUGUGUUCAGUGAUUACCCAAGUUGUAGUCCAGCAACAUCUGGAAGGCCACAUCUUUGCUAUACCUGAGAUAAGGAUUGUAACGCACUUGCGCACAAAAGAAUGCUUAGUAUUACUUGCAGUAAUAACAAACUGAUUUGAUAUAUUGGUAAAACUGGGUUUGUAUGUUGUGUACGUAACAGUCAUUCAGACAACCAUGGUUUUUCACUUUAUAAUUUCACCACAAGUUGUUUUCUCUCUAUGUAUUUUCUCUUUUUAUAUUUUGAUGUGUUGUUCAGUCUUGUGCAUGUUUCUUCAGAAGCCUUGAUGCCAACUGGAUGCAUGAUUGCCUGGGAGCUACAUGAUGGAAGAAAGGCAGAUGAAGAUAAAUAAACUCCUUGUGUCUUAACUCAGUCUGUUUUUCAAAAGUUUUCCAGGACAUGAUGAAUUCAAGGAACUUUAGGCAACAUUCACAAGACUGGAUCCCACACCAAAAUCAUGGGGCGGGGUGGAGGAGGAGGAAUAUAUUCAUAUGAAAAAUGGUUGUGUAAAUCAUCGCUACGUUUUCUCAGAGUGUUAAUGUGGCAAGUCAUAGUUUUGAACAUCUAUGCUUUUACUGGUUUAGGCUGUGAAAUAAAAAGUUGAGAAAGGAAACUGAUAAAUUGCUUCUCAUGUGGGAGAAAUGAAUAGGCUACCAUGUCAAUACAAGAACAGCCAAUUCUAAACCAAGGAUUGCUCAAGAGCCCAGUUUGGUUUAGAAGCCCUCAUCUUGUGUUGAAGAUGGAAGAAUGCUCUGCAUUAUGUAAUGUGGUGGUGAAGUUUCUGAUACAGAUUAGUCAAGCUGGUGUGAGGCCAUAAAAUGUUCAUGAACAGUCCAGUGUUUGAGGGAUCAAAACGAGAGUGGGGGAAAUUGCCUGUUUGGCUGGGUUUAAAAUGCAGGUGCACAGUUUUGCAGGGCAGCUGUAGAUGUGGCGAUAGUAAAGCUAAGAUUCAAGGAUCCCAGAAAUAACGUGGCUGAGUGAUAGAGUUACGAUAAAGAGUCUUGUGACAUUUCUGCCCUUUUCCUUUACUGGGCAUAACCUUUCAUGGGUCAUAGUGCACUUCAUGAGAUGUGAAAGUUUAUGCCAUACUUUGUUGUUUUUGCUAUAACUCUAAUUCCAAAAAGUCACUGGCUAUAUAAAUACCUUAGAAUUUAGAUCAGGGAUGAGGAACCUGGGGCCCUCCGGAUGUUGAUCAGGCUAGCAUGGUCAGUAGUCAAGGAUGAUAAAGUUGGGAGUCCAUGAAAAUGGAGGGCCACAGGUUCUCUAUUCCUAGUCUAUAGAGCCUGACAGGGCUGUUAUUCCUUUUAAGAAUUUUAUGUAAAGGGAACUCUGCAAGUUGUAGCUCCUGCUGUCACUGCAACAUUGUGAUUUGGCAAUUCUAGAAGGACAGUGAGAUGGAACCAAGAAGCAGUGUGCGGAAGCAAGGUCUUUGUUUCAUAUAUUGAUUUCAUCUAGUCAACCAAAUCUUUGACACUGCCUUAUAUUAUAAGUCUGUUUUCUGUCAUUUGCUGUUUAGCAGUUUUGUCCUAUAUGGAGAGAGGCACUGUAAGCUAGUUCUCUUGCUAACAAAUGUUCAUAGUUCUAUUAAUAAUUUUUCCCUCCUUUAUGAGCAUCAACUUUUGGGGUUUCCUAAAAAAAGCAAUCCUAUGUAAGCAAACAUUGGAUAGCACACUAUCUGUCUUAUUUAGAAGUGUGCAUACAAUACUAUCAAGAACAUAACUCUUGUCUUCUAUUGAACAAUGCUAUUAAAUAAAUGAAAUCUCCAGAUUAAAUACAGGGCUUCUGAUAAGUGUCUAUAUCAGUUCUAAAAAAGUAAGCAUAAAAGACUGAAGCACUAAACUGCAGAGUUUGCUUAUCAUGAGACAUUCAGCUCUUUCCCCCUUUCAACUUUUCUCUUUUAUUGAUUUCUGUCUUGCAAAAAUGUUUUAUCAAUUGUGUUUUGAAAUAAUGCUGAAUUAGCCUGAUCAAAUAUACACAAUUUAUGUUAACACCUUGCUCUUAAUUGUUGGGGGAAAAGCUUGUUUUGUUCGUUCUUGUUUUAAGGUUCUUGCAGCAUUGCCUGAAAAUAUGAAACCUGGUCCAGAUCUUUAUGGCUUUCCAUGGGAAAUGGUGAUUUGUGGUGCAGUUGUUGCCGUUUUUACUAUCUUACUUCUGAUGUGUAGGAGUUAUCAGUCAGUAAGUAUUCAGUAUGAGUUAUACAGAGUUUUAUCAAACUUGUUGGAUUGCUUUUAAAAUAUUCAUUUGUAUUUUGAGAAUCCUGUGUAACAUUCUUCGACUUCCCCUGUGAUGUGGCUUUGGAUUUUAGCUGUAGAAUUAAAUACUUGUCUGUAUUUUGGCAACUUCAUUUUUCAGCUUGGUGUCGGAAAAACAAAUUAAACAAAAUCCAUCUCUAUGUUCAGUUACAUUUAUUUUCAUAGUCAGUUUAUAUUUAUUUCAGUUUUAAUAAACUGGCUUUCUUUGAAAUAUUCAAGACUAUAUAGGUUACAGUUUCAGAAUAAAUUUUGAAGAAUUACUAAAUUAUACUCAGUAGUGCAAACUGCUGUCCCUGAUGUUGUAACUAUCUAAUUUUCUCCUUGAACUAGUAUUCUUUAUUUUUGUCCACUCGGCCUCUCCCUGACUCCCACCACAUCUUUUUAAAGAUGUUAGUAUAUUGCUCUGAUGUUUCCUUGUAGCUUGAAGAAACUAUGGAAACUUUAAUUUGCAUGAGAUUUUGUGUGUAUUUUUCAUCAGCAAGAUGAUGAAACAACAUUUGAAUCUAUUAAAUUAGGAAUACCUUUAUUUUGUGACUACAUUAUUGUGUUCUGAAGUUCCACAUCCAUUCAAUCUAGAUUGAUUUUUAAAAAGCUUUUAGAUCUAAGACAAUAGUCUUCCUGUACUAUUUCACAGACAGUGACUGAUUACCACAGUACAGUGGUACCUUGGGUUACAAACUUAAUUCGUUCCGGAGGUCUGUUCUUAACCCGAAACUGUUCUUAACCUGAGGCGUGCUUUCGCUAAUGGGGCCUCCUGCUGCCGGCGCACCACCAGCAUGCAAUUUUCGUUCUCAUCCUGGGGCAAAGUUCUUAACCCGAGGUACUAUUUCUGGGUUAGCGGAGUCUGUAACCCGAAGUGUUUGUAACCUGAAGCGUAUGUAACCCAUGCAAAAUAAGUAGUACAGUGGUACCUCGGGUUACAAACGCUUCAGGUUACAAACGCUUCGGGUUACAAAUUCCACUAACCCGAAAAUAGUACCUCAGGUUGAGAACUUUGCUUCAGGAUCAGAACAGUGGCGGCGCAGCGGCAGCAGGAGGCCCCAUUAGCUAAAGUGGUGCUUCAGAUUAAGAACAGUUUAGGUUAAGAGCGGACCUCCAGAACGAAUUAAGUUCUUAACCUGAGGUACCACUGUAGUAGGAAGCACUUGCAUGUCAAAGUUGUGCAAAGGGUCCACUCCAUUCACAAGCUGUUACUUUGAGUCAUUGGCAGACAUAAUGAUGGGAAAUGGAUUGUGGCAGAGGUUUUCAACCUUUUUGAGUCCACGGCUCCCUUGACCAACUACAUUCUUUCUGUGGUAAUGAAAGGUGGAGAAUGUUGCAUCCGUAGAGUGCUAAACUGAUUAAGUGCCACAUAAACACUCAAGUCUAGUAGGUCCUUUACUUUUGCAAUUUUGUUAUUUUUUGCUUUGUAGUUUUGCCUUUUGGCAUUUUUAAUGCUAUUGCUUGUGAGAGUUGGCAGGUGAGCUAACUUUCAUGUUGAGAAAAGGGCCAGCUGUGUAUACACUGAGAUACAAAUAGCCUAUGUGAUUGCAUGCUCCUUCCUGAGAGCAGUCUUGUUUAUCCCCAGUUAAGAUAUAUGACUGCAGUAACAUUAGCAGUCUGUUAAGGCUAAUUAAGUUCCCCAUGCAGAAUUAUGAACUAGCUGCAUAUUCUGAGAAUGCUGUUUAUGUGGCGAAUGAGGUUAGCUUUAACCGUUGUUAAUAUCGUGAUGUAUCAUUUAACUGUGAUUAAAGGGGAAGUGUGGGGAGGAAGUGUGUGAUUCUGCAAGUUGCUUGCCUAUUUUUGAUCUUUUAAUUGAUUUUAAGAGAGCCCUGAUGUUACGUUUGCUCUGGCACUGGGAAUCUACUUUGUUGACUAUGCUACUCUAAAUUUCCCUUAAUAUUCCCUUAAUAUUGAAAACUGAGCCUCAAUCCCAUCUAUGCUGUAAACAAACUGCAAUAUUUGCUCUUCUUUUGCAGAUUAGAAGUAGACUUUAUGUAGGUAAGUUCAAAUUUUUGUCUGUGAGUUGAGUUUAGCUGCAGUUGAAACCGUUUUCUCUCCGUUAAAGGUUACCACAUAUAGCUCUUCCUCUUUUUAGGAAGAGAGAAACAGCUUGCCAGUAAAGUUGCUGAACUAGUUGAAGACAAAUGUAAAGUACUGGAAAAACUCAGUCUCUGCAAAAAAGAGGUAAUGGUUACUGUUUCCCUUCAAAGCUUAAAUGCUUAGAGUUAUUGCUUCUGCCCAAAUUUUUUAAAUACUAGAAUAUAGACUUCCAUAUUUUAUUUUAUUUUAUUUAGUAUCAAUUUGGCUUAAUGAAUGUGUGUGUACCUGGAAGUUUUUUCCCUUCAUUUCCCUUCAAUUACCAUUUCUUAUUUCAAUGCACUUGCACAACCUCAUUACAUAGGAGCUGCAUUCAGAUGAUGAACGAGUAUUUUGGCUACACAUACACCUGCUUUGCGCCUUCCUUUGUAUGAGUGAGAAAACCAACCAACCAACCAGAAAGCUUUCUUUUAACCAAGUUUCCUGUUUAGUCUGAACCAGGAAAAUAUGGCUAACGGCUAUGGAACAAGCCAAGAUAGUGAGCCAUAGUGGAAACUGACUUAAUAUCCAGGCUUGUUCUGAAACCGUUAACCAUGCAAUAUGCCUGCAAUAGAAAUGCUAUAAUGUGCAAAGAUGCCUAGAUCACCCACAGCAAAAGGGUGAUAACUAUGCUAAGAGGAAAGAGUUCAUUGGUACCAGGUCAUAGAGCAGUCCUCCCCAAACUCCCCCCCCCCAGGGACCACUUAAAAAUUGCAGAGGGUCUUGGCAGGCUACUUAAUCAUUUUUCUGUCUGUGGUAGCAAUGGUAAUGCACUGUGAUAGGUGCUGUAGGAUUUUAAAUUGAUUUUUUAUAGACAUGUCACAGACCACCUGAAUGAAGCUCAUGGACCACGGAUGGUCCAUGCCCUGCUGCUUGGGAACCCCUGGCUUACAGAACCUUGUUUUCCUGAAAAUUCUGCUAGGAAUUGUCCCUCUCUGGGCUCCCAUACUACUAUUUUGAACACCCUGUUUAGCCUAGUUCUUGACAAGUCUGAUAAUUAUAAAGCUGAAAUGUGUGGAGCUUUUGCUAGCAGAGGAGUUUGAGGAGCACAGCCAUAGGUUGUCUGAUUUCCUUUAUUUUAAUUAUAAUACGGAAUUUUCAUUUUAGUAUGAAGAGUUAGAAAACUGCCUAAAAGAUGCCAGUCUUCUGCAAGGGUCAGCCAGUACAUCAAGCAUGAAGGUAAAAGUUGAACUGGGAAAAGUACUUGUAUAAUAUUCUUUCUAUUUAUAUACCACUUCAUAUUUUACUAUAAACCUCUGUUUGGUUUAAAAACAACCAAAAGGAAUCAGUGUAAGAAAAAGAAUAAAGAUUAAAUGUUCAAAAAUAAUACAGUUUCUAAUCUUGCUAAUCAUCUUCAUCACAAUUCCACAUUUUAAGGAACAUAAAUGAAUGAACAUCUGUAAAAUAUAUUUUAUAAACUAGAAUAUUCUUUACCACCUGAUCCUGCGCAUGUUUGUUCAGAAUUCCAACUGUGUAAGUAAGUGGGGCUCACUUUCAAAUAAGUAAGCAUUGAACUGCAACACUAGGUAGGUUUCUGUUGUUGUUUAUGACGUGUAUGUAUACUAACUCACUGCUUUUUGUUGGCUAUUGUGUCCAGUCACAAGGCAUUAAGUUAGGAUUUUACUGUACAAGAGCGGAAUCUGGAAUUUUGGUAAUCUCACAUUUCAUUUUUAAAGGCUUUUAACCCUAUCUGUGCAGAUAAGCUCAACAAAAUGUAGGAAAUAGGCUCUUUUAUCCAUGCAAGGCUGGCAGAAGUAGAAUCAAGUAUGUAAAAUGAAGUAGAUUGUGCUAACUUUAAUUUGCAUGAUUUAUGCAGGUUGAAUAAUUUGAUUUUGUACAUCCUUGACCUAGGCAUUUAAUUUUUAGUGCAUUAAACUUAAGUAUAAUGAAUACAUCCAAUGUAGCCUGGUCUGUGGAGCUGCUCUUAUUGUUUCUACAAUACAUAAUUAAAGUUAAAAGUGCUCAGUAGCUACUACUUAAUUCUCGAUUAAUCUUAUUACAAAUGUCUUCAUGUUAUCUUUCAAAACUUGAUUAUUUUAGGCAGCAUAUGAAGAACUGAGCAACUCGAACUCUGCACUCAAGAGUGACAUAGAAUGUUUAGAAAAAGAACUUAAAGAAGAGAAGUCCAAACGAUCAGAGCAGGAUGACUUGGUAUGUCUUUUGUUCAAAGCAGUCUUUCUCAGGCAGAAAGUUUGGCCUUCAAAGAGAAAUCAGAUAGUGUAAUUCAUCUGAUUAAAAUUAGAAUAUCCUGUCCUCAUCUACUCUCUAUUUGCUUUUUGCCUUUUUUUUUUAAGAAUAACAUUAAGCCAUUGAAGGUCAACUGCUCCUGUGGCUUUUGAUCAAAAACACUUUGUACUUCAUAUUCCAAAUAUGUUAAAUGUAUUGUUUCUUUAUCAGACUGAUCCACAUUUUUUCAGUGUGUCCUGGAGGCAGCACUGUUUGAAUUUAAUUAUGUACAGCAAGGGUUGCCAACAUUUUUGGUUCCAAGGACACAUUUGUAAACCAGAGAAACUGCAGUGGGCAUCACAUUGCAAACAAGUGCACACAGCAGCCUAUUCUUUUGGCUGCAAUAGAACACUUCUUUCAAGCCUAAUUUCAGCAGUGGGGUGGGAGUCCUGUGGGUUCCAAGGAAGACUGUAGAGGGCACGGCACAUGUACCACCACAUUUGCAACCCCUGAACCCAGUGUUGGUUUUUGAAAUGCGGCUAUCUCUAUGUCUGCAUCUUACUCUCUCUGUGUGUUUUGCUCAUCCAAGGGUGAUUUAUUGCCAUUUUAAUGAACUGUAGCUAAUUUCUGAACAGGGACGCGGGUGGCGCUGUGGGUUAAACCACAGAGCCUAGGACUUGCCAAUCAGAAGGUCGGUGGUUUGAAUCCCCGCGACGGGGUGAGCUCCCGUUGCUCGGUCCCUGCUCCUGCCAACCUAGCAGUUCUAAAGCACAUCAAAGUGCAAGUAGAUAAAUAGGUACCGCUCUGGCGGGAAGGUAAACGGCGUUUCCAUGCGCUGCGCUGGUUCGCCAGAAGCGGCUUAGUCAUGCUGGCCACAUGACCCGGAAGCUGUACGCCGGCUCCCUCGGCCAGUAAAGUGAGAUGAGCGCCGCAACCCCAGAGUCGGUCACAACUGGACCUAAUGGUCAGGGGUCCCUUUACCUUUACCUAAUUCCUGAACGUCGGAAAAAGUCCAGUUGAAUUCAGUGGGACUUUUCUCCCAUGUAUUCAGCAUUCUGUGAGAAUCAUACGCAGACUACAGUUAAUUGGACUUCCUGUUUCCAUGUGCCAGUGUUGUUUGUUUAGAUGAAUGUAUAAGGGUAGAAGAUCUUUCAGUAUGAAAACAUUAUCACAAAGCUAAUAGAUUGAAUGUUUUCUUGACAAAUGUGCAUAGAAUACCUUCAUAGAGAAUGAGACAUUUGCCUUUGGGGCACAGUAGAUAGAGCCAGUUGACUUUUGGAAGUUAUUUGAUCAACUUUCUAAAGCAUCUUUUAUAACAGGGGUGGGGAACAGGGGUGGAGAAAUGCCCCAAUAGCCACAUGGGCACUUUGACAAAUGGGAGGGGCUGUGCACUUGUCAAUUUCAAAGAAAGAAUUGUGACAACGCUUAGAAUGCACUCCCAACUCUUUCUUUGCAGCCUGGCUGGAUUAAGUCAAAGAGUGUCACUUCUAUUUUAUUGCAAUCUAUAUAGUUUCCUAUCAAUGAGAGCUGAAAAUAAAAUGGUCGCAGGUGAUCCCUUGAUAAAUACAGUAUUUAAAUCUAAUUCAACACAGUGUUUGUUCACAGUUGUUUUGACAAGGCAGUAUCAACCAGAGUGUUUUAUAUAAAUUUAUUUUACUGUCUUUGUAGUUGAUUGAAAUACGGAGAAGAAUGGAAUCCUUAGAAAAUGAAGCAAAGUCUAUUCAAAUGCAAGUAGCUGAAGUAAGCCAAUCUUUAGAUAUUAAUGUAAAUGUUUCAUCAUGCACCACAGCAAAAUCUUGGACCUCACUGUCAAUAUUUUUCAUUAGUCUUGAACACAAGUUCUUUAUGUCUGCUCUGUUUAGACAUUUCUUUCUUGUAAACAAAUUGAAUUCCUCUUGGUUUGCCAUUAAAGGUGGUUUGCCUAUUUCUGCAGUAAUUUGGCAUUCUAGGAGGAGAAUUCAGGACUUUUUAUUUAUUGCAACAUUGCAAAUAAUUUAAGCCAAAGUUAUCUUUUGCCUUGUACGUUCUCCAGAGCAGUUAUGCAGCAAUGAUGUCAAUUGGGGGGGGGGGGGACCUCCACAAGCUGUUGCUGUGCCAUUGGCAACCAGGUUUCAUUGUUGUCACUUAGAACACAGGGUGUACACACAGCGUCACUAGUGCUGUUUGACAGGUGGAACUGUGUAUUGUCAUAUUAGUCAGUGGAGAAAGCCCUGCUUGCUUAUUUUAUUUUCCAUUCAAAUAUCUUUCAAAAAUCAGCAUGCAGUUAAAUGAAUGACUCACAGCUUUAGGACCCCAGACCAUUGAGAGGUUUUUGGUGCACAGAUCACAUGCCUAUGAUAUAUAUAAUUUACUGCUGCUGAAGGUGGGAUGCUGGGAUUGCAUGCAUCUAUGCCCCAGAUUCACAGGAUUGCAAGAUGAGCAGACAGGUUCGUACCUGUUGUUUAUUUUGGAGAACAUCAUGUGUUUGGCAGGGGAAAGGUGGGUUCUGUGGAAAUAGUUAUAUAUCUCUGUGCCCUCAUUCACAGUAUAUCUUAGUGAGUAUCACUCAGUGGAACAUAAUUUUAUGAUAUGGUAUUAGGAUUGGAUUGUAACCAGGCUAAUGCCUAAAGGAAUUGGUAGAAAUAACAAAAAAUGUAAAUGCGAUUCUAUGUAUUUUUGUAUAUACUUAUAUUAGCAGCUUCACUGUGCUUUAUUUCACUUAGGCCAAGUCCACAUUAAAAGUAUAUGAGAUCAACAGAGAGAGACUGAAAACAUCUGUCCAAGAUGCAAUAGCUGAAAACAACCAACUUCAUGAAAGUGAAAAACAGGUAUAUUAUUUACACUGUGUAGUUUUAUAGAGUGCCUUUUAGGAACACUGUAUCCUCACUUUAGAAUAAUUUAUGAUUUUAAAUAUUGUUAAGGCUCCGGUUUAAAUUAUUAUGUAGUUUAAUGAAAGUUGGAGGGAAAGUGUAUAGUCCACAGACUGCUAUAAUUUUUGUGACUUUGCCUUCCAUGGGGUAAAUCAGUUGCCACUUCUAUGAGUGGUUUGAUGUUCUGAGCUGCUUGGCAUUUCAGUGCAUUUAUUAAGACACAGGCCUUUUGGUGGGGUGUGUGUGUGGUUCAAUUGCUUCCUUGCCAUCAGAGUGGUUGGAUGUUCUUUGGUCUUGGAGGGUGUGUUUCCUUCAGAACUCUCUCUUUGUCUUCCCUAUAGAGGCUUUUCUAGAUUGAUGUGCCUGGGACAAUGUCAGGACAGUAUUUCUGAGCUACUAUCUCAGUCAGCUUUUAAUAACUUGUCUUGCCGCAGAUUGGAUCCACCUCAUAUUUCCAGCUUGGGGAUGAUUAAUCAUAGGCUUGGGUGGCAUUCUGGUAACAUGAAAGCUGGACUUGUUCCACGUAGUCAGGUUUUAUACUUUAAAUCUCUAGCUCUUUAUUGGCCAGAACUUUCUGGGUUAUAUCAUGUUGUGUCUCAAGCUGAUGGGAAUUUCUUUGCUCCAGUACAGCCUUCCAUCAGCAGAAUGGGAAGGAAGGCAGUUUUGUUGAUUUCCCUUCCUCCCUGCAGACCCCUUCUGCCCUCUUACACUAUUCUAAGGGCUUCCCGCCACCCAACCAUUCUGAAGCAGAUUUCACAGGGCAGGUUUGAAAAAUUGCCUCCCUUCCUGUUCCACUGAUGGAAGGUCCUGUCAGAUCAAAAAGUAUUUUAUUAGUGUGCAAGACACAGUUGGAUGCAACCUUAUAUAUUCCCAUGCUUUUUUAAAACACAAAAAGUUCAAUAAAAAUGAUUUUAAAUUUCAUGUAUAGCAAAAGAACAGCUGUCAAAAAUUAGAACAUAUGAAAUGUCAGUUAAAAUACAAAAUAUUCAGCUCAAUGAAUUUUGCUGUAUGUAAUGUUAAGAAUUUAGGCCAGACCUUUUAGAAUUAAAUAUUAUGAAAUUCUAAUAACUGGUUGGUAGAAAUUAAAUACUGAACUUUCUAACUUUUGUUUCCAGCUCUUAAAAGAAGCUGAAGGACAGAGUGAACAAUUAAGUGAGUUAAAUGAACAAGCAAAAAUGUUAGAAACCUCAAAAGCAGGUAUGGAGGAGACUCUUAAAAACAAAGAAAGUCAAGUCAAGGUAAAAUUAAAGAUUUAUUUAUUAUGUUUAUAUCCCAACUUUUUUCUCAAAGGAUGGUUCUCCUACAACAACCCUGUGAAGUAGAUUAGGCUGAAAGACAGGGACCGGCCCAAGGUCACUCAGUGACUUUCCUGACCGAAUGGGAAUUUGAAACCUGGUUUCCCAGGUGUUAGUCUAACACUUGAACCACUAUACGCUGGCUGCAGCUCUUGCUUUACUUUAAUCAUAUGGACAUGUGUGAAUUAUGUGCAUGCCUAAUGUCACCUGGCACACAGGAGGAAAUUUGUUAUUUAUUUUGGGGCUCUUAUCGUGGGAAGACUGCAUCACAUUUUAAAACAGCAGGAAGGGUUAUUGAAUUCUAGGGGAGAGGGAGAGAGAAAGAAAGGGGAAAUUCCAGGAGUUGCAAGAGAACCAAUUUUAUUAUGUAUAUAAUUCCCUCCCUCCACCCCACCCCCAAAGUAUUGCUUGGUGUGCUUCAAAAUCCUGCCACUCAACAACAGCUUGCACUCCUCCCUUUGGGAAUAUUUGGAGAGAUACAGAUGCUUCCCUCAGGCAUUGAUAACACUGCUUGGAGCUGUGGUUGCCUUGUAGCUUCAUUGAUUCCUAUGGGAGUCACUGGUGCAAAGCUCUAGGAGGGAGCAUGGUAGACUCGUAUGUUUGGCAAGUUGCUAAGCCCUUUUUAAUUGGCUGAGCUGUAGGGUUAUCUGCUUAAACUUCUUGGAGUCUUCCCUCCUCUCAUAUCAAGCAUUCCAUUUGUGUAAGUGAAUGGGAGAAAAGUCCUGGGCAGAAAACUAGGGCCAUAAUAUUUCACUGAUUUCUUUAGGCAUCUAUCCACAUCCCUCCAAAUUCCUCAAAGGGCAAUUUCCAAAUAGCUUCAGUGGAGGUUCAGGUGGCUUUUUCAGAGACCAAGGAAGCUAGUGGUCAGAUACAGAUUUGCAGUGCUGGAUAGAGAGAAAAACCUGCCUGCAACUUUACUUGGGGUUCUGGAAUUCUACUUGUAUUGAGUUUGCAGGAGGUCUAGCUACCACAGUAAUGCAUGCUGUUGUAAAAGUUUUUCUCUUAGAAGUAGUCCACACGGAACAGGAACUAUUCCUGUAAAACACUUGAUAUGAAAAUACCGUUAAACGUUCAAUAGGUUUAUUGAAUAUAUAUGAAAUGAAUAAAAUCAUGAAUUUGCUUUGUGAAGAGCCAAGGACUCAUUUGUGCAUCUUGUUUUAUAAAUAUGGUAUAGUCACUGACAGAGUGCUUGUUGAAGAUGAAAGACUGGAGCUGUACAUUAGAUGAACAUGCUGCUGCUGAAGACAACCAUUGGGAUAAUGAUAUAAAGACUGAAACAGAAAAUGGGGAGCACUUGGGUAAAUCAUUAUUCAUUUCCUACGGAAAGGGAAAGAAAAGAGAAAUGAUUUCAUUUUCAAAUUCUAGAAUUGUCACCUGUUCUCCUCCUUAAUAUGUGGGAAUCAACUACAUACAAGGAAUUAAACAAAAUCUAUGGCAUAGGUAUUAAUAGGCAAUAGCCUGUUGCAUUCAGUGCUUAAAGUGGAUUUUCACCAAAGCUUUAUGUUGACAUAUGCUAGAUUUCUCUGUGCUGCAGCCGACUGCUCAAUGUAACCCCUGAAGUUAAAAAACAAAAAACUUAGAAAAAGACAGUCCAAGUUGUUGAGACUCUAACCCUAGGAUAACUUGGCAAAGCACAAACUGGUCUGACAACCACUGCUCGUUCUUGUCCUUAGCCUGAGGAUAAGUAGCCCACAUGAAAAGGUCAAGGAACUUAAUUAAGCCUGAGGAGUGUAAUUCUUGCAUUGGAUUGAUUACACAUUUCAAACGCAUUUCAGAAAAACUGCUUCUGUAAAGCAUUGUUAGAUGAAUAAUGUCCCUAUCCCCUCCCUCUUGAACUCACUGCUUCUUACAAACAGUACAACUGUUUUUAAAACUUGGGCAAAAGAAAUCUUUCCCACUUAAAAAGCAAUACUGUGUUUUAUAAAUAAAUAACAAAAGAAAAAGUUUUCAGUGAUUUGUUGGUUUUUUUCACCUUCUCUUCAUUUCCCUUAAACCAGAUGAUCAGGAAAAACGAACUGUAAAGAAGUUGAUUUAUGCUGCAAAGGUAAUACACUAAUAUUGUGAUCAUUUUCUUUACUGGUUUAUAAAAACUUUUUUUGGGGGGGGAAAUUAAAGCAAUUUUUUAAAAAAGUUCAGUAGAAAAUAUAUGCAAGCUUUUUUGGAAUGAUAGGAUCCAGAGUUGCCCUUUUGUGAAUGGAAGAGUUUCUUCCAUGCAUGAAGUGGGCUGAGUUUCAACUAACUGGACAAAGGAAAAGAAACUGUAAGUUUUCAAUUUCUGCUGUCCACUGCACCACCUCCAGCACUGUCCCAGAGGGGCUGCUGGGAGAAGGAGGAAUCGCUGAAAAUUGCCUCCACCAGCAGAUGCAGCCUGUGAGCGGAGUCCUGCUCAUAAGAACUCUGGAUUCAAGCCAAAGAAUUAUUUUAAUGGUGUGCCUCUUUAGUAUAUGUGAUGCAGUGGGGUGCUGCUAUUGCUUAACUAUUGCCAGGGAUUGGCAGGGCUCUGAUGAGUGUGUGAUGGAGGCAAGGGGGUUAGAGACUGAGACAGCAGGGCCCCCCCCCCCCAGUGAUUUAUGGUGUUUGGUGCCAUCUGUGAGGCAGGAGCCAGGGCAGGGGGAAGAGGAGAGGAAGGGUUGGAGAAGUCAGAGACAGAAGUGGGGCGCAGGACACGUUGGAAGCGGAGAAAGAGGCUGUUCAGGCGAGGGGCAGGCCGGUCCAAUCCCUGCCAUCCCCUGCUCUGCUGUUUUUUAGAACCAGGAGAUGCUUGAAGAGGGAAGGGCAGCAACAACAUUUGUGCAGGAAAAGUCUCUGGUUGCGUGUGUGCACUCCCAUCAGAUGAGGCCACAUAAUUUUGGGAGGGGGGGCCUGGCCCCACUGUUGCUUUAACUCAUUAAAGAAGUAAGCAUCAACCAAUUGCCUUCUUUGGCUAGGUGGGUGCAGGAGAAGUAAAGAAUGCUUCCUGGCUUUGCCUUGGCACAUGAUUUUGAUUUACAAUGGGUGCACAAACUCCCUUUAGGUACCUACUGUUUUUGCUGUGAUAUAUUCUUGGAGUAGUGUAGUGAUGUUAUCGUUCUGUUUAUUUUAAAUGGCUGUUUUAAUGAUAUACUAUGUGAAACCAGUUUCUGUUGCGGUUUGGAGGAAUGAUGGGGUGGGGGUGGGGAAUCAAAUACAUAAGUAAGCAUUGCAGCCAGAAAGUGAUCCAGAACUAGAUAAAGGUUUGUUUUAGAAGUGCAAAUGUACAUCAGUAGCUUCUUUUGCAAUUAUGAUUUGAAAUAAUUUAUCCUUUUUCUUUGAUAUAGCUAAAUGCUUGUCUAAAAUCUAUGGAAUCAGAAGUAAAUCAAAUCUGUUCAAAGCUAACAGAUGAAAACAAAGCAAAAGAGGAACUUGCAGGUAAUGAUGAAUUCUUGAUUUUUAAUUAUUAUUUCUUUUAAAAGAAGAAGAAAGCUGUUUUCUAUUACGGUUUUAGGAAAAUCUUUACUUUUAACUGAACGAAGCUGUAAAGGUAAUUAGAAAUCUCUUAAAUGAUCAGGGUUCACUGAAGUAUAAGGUAUCUUGGAAAAAAAACAUUAAAACAAAGAAUUCAAUUUUUACAAGAUACCUUGUUGAAUUUAUGAUGCCGUAUCCUUCAUGGAGUGCCUCAGGAAGGUGUUUUUUAUGGCUUGGUGAAUGGGUAAAUCAUGGUUGUAGGAAUUGUUCCACUUUCAGAGACUGCCACACUGUAGAGGUGAGAGAUUUGUAAAUAUUGAAGAAGGCUGCAUACUGUAUAGAAGCAAAAGCAGCCAUUUAAAUUUGCUGUCUCUUCUAUUUUUUUUCCACACACACCCCCCGCUCCACUUCAGAAAGCAGAAACCAUCCCAGAGACAAUGAAAUGGGUUGAAUCUUGCUGAGGGGAGUUUGUGACGGGGGCAGCCCUACCAUUAGGCAGAGUGUGGUGCAGGUCCAGGGUUAGACUUUGCUGCUGCCACUCACUUAUUAUACACACACAAACACACACUCACACACACACACACGCGGACACCAGAAGUGUGUUAGUAGUGUUCCUGGUGCUGCUGUAGCAUGGGAACCAAACUUAGCUCUUAACUGCAGUUGCCAUCUUCCAUGUUUGAUUACCCAAAAUGGAAUUCUCAACCCAACAUUGUGUCAGACGUUGCAUUUUGGGUAAUUUAACUUGGCUGGUGGCUACUGCAGAUGGGAGCCAAAUACUAACUUGUCUUCCAUUCAAAAAGCACUGCUGCUUCCCAUGAUUUAAACACGCCAGGUGGCCUGGUUGGGAAAGCCAUAGGAAGCUGCCUUAUACAGUGGUACCUCGGGUUACAUACGCUUCAGGUUACAGACUCUGCUUAAGAACUUUGCUUCAGGAUGAGAACAGAAAUCGUGCUCCGGCGGCGCGGCGGCAGCAGGAGGUCCCAUUAGCUAAAGUGGUGCUUCAGGUUAAGAACAGUUUCAGGUUAAGAAUGGACCUCCGGAACGAAUUAAGUACUUAACCUGAGGUACCACUGUACUGAGUCAGAUCAUUGGUCAUACGGAGUCAGGCCAUUGGUCCAUCUAGCUGAGCAUUGUCUACAUUGACUGGCAGAAGCUCUCCUGGAGGAUUGAGGUAUGAGGUGAGUGACGGGUAGUGACUGAGGAAAUGUGUGGCAGUGAGGAAACACUAAGCAGGGACAACCCACAGAAAUUUGAGGCAACUGCCUCAGACAAUUAAUUUUGGGUGUCAUGAAAUGGCAACAGCCUGUUAGUUAUUUCACGUAUCAUUAUUGCAUUUUUAAUGUCAGGGAGCUGGGGGAGGUGUUUCCGGGGGUUUUCCAGAAUAACUUGCCCAGCUGUGCAUACUAUACACUUUGACUGGGUAGUGGGUUGGGUUGGGGGACAACACAGCUGUUCUGUCUCAGGCAGCAAACUUGGGCCAACCCGGAUCCUGAUUAGGAAGUAGAAGAUACCAAAAACAAAACCCAAAACCUGGAUUUCUAUGUAUUACAUGGCCAUUAUCUUAGUAGAUUGAGAUGCGGGGCUUAUUAGCUGGGAAACUGUUGGUGCUGACGUGUGGUAUUAGUAUUAAAAAGGAUUUAUUUAGCUAUGGUAAAGCUGUCCUGUGCCUUAUUUCCCUCCUGUCUGUACCUCAGCCCAUUUGGUUCAAACAUAUUUGUCCUGUGAAGGAAAUCAAAACAAAAUUUGGUCAACAAAUCCAUGUGAAAGGGGGGGAAAUGUAUCCUUUUAGUGGGAUUUCAAAGCAUUUUUCAAAGUGCCUGGAGUUAUUGUACAGGGACAUAAUGAGGUUUUACGUCUCUUCCAAACUCCUUCAGAAAUCAUUUUUCUUUUCAGCAUUAGAAUACUGUAUUCAGUCUUCAAUCUUUGUUUCCUUUAUCGUAUGGGUUUAACAUAGCAGUUAAUUGUAAUUAACUCUUAAUUGUGACAGAACGCAUUGAAAAUCUACAAAAGGAACAUGUCACGUUGCAUUCUGAAAAUACACGCUUUGAAAGCGAAGUUCAGAAGCUUCAGCAAAAGCUUAAAGUCAUGACUGAGCUGUAUCAAGAAAAUGAAAUGAACCUUCACAGGUAUUGGUAGCAGUCGAUUUGUUGCUUGAUACAUGAAUCUUUGUUUAGAUAACAGAAAAAGGAUGUUAUAUGUAACUUGAGCCUGCCAUGUUUCUUCGACAAUUAUACCCUUGUCCUGACACUGGGACCUUGCUGCCACUUCUUGGUCUAUUUGCUUACUACUUCAUAUGGUUUAUAAUACUGCGUUUUUAAACAACUCCCAAGCAUUUUGGAUUGUUGUGACCCUCUUGACCUUUUCUUUCAACUUCCUUUUUACCAAUCCCCUCAUUUUGGGGGUGUUUCCUCUUUCAUAGCCAAAUGUGACUGUGCUUGAUUUUCUUGGCAAUUGGCCAUUUUCAUGUAUGUGCAUGAAUAGCACUAUGGCUACUUCACUUAACUGGCUUGCAACACUUACACCUUGUACCAAGUUCUGUGCACCACUCAAGAUAAAAGUCCAGGCUUGCCGUCCCUCUGGUUGGUUCCAUGACAUAGUCAUUUAGGAUAUCUAGGUAAUUUACCGCUUUGUCAUGGCUGGAACACAUAUGUAGCCAGUCUGUAUGAUGCGAGUUGAAGUCACCCAUAACUGCAGCAUUCCCUCUUUUGGAUUCUUCCCUGAUUUCAUUCUUUUAUCUUAAGAUCCCCUGAUCAUUUUGAUCAUGGGGGUGCUAGCACUUCAUCAGUACUAAAUUUCUCUUGGGGACCAGUUACUAUUGUUAGCAGAUGUUUACCGGCAAGUUCUUCACAAAUCAUUUUUCAGAGCUGCUGCUGCAACCUUCAAGGAAUAAAUUUGGCAAGUUCUGCUAUAUCCCAGUCGUAUUCAUGUUUGCUCUGAACCCUCAGUGAGGGUGGUGCUGUGUUGAACAUUCUGUCUGCUCAUGUGUUGCAGCUUGCCAGAUGGAAUGAUCUCUCCCCUCCUACCCACAUGCAAUGUUGUCUCCAUCCCUUGCCAAUUUGCAUGGGGGGGUGGGCAGAAGCCCCAUUUGCACAGGGCUUCUACUGACAGGGAUUGUUAGCUGAUUCACACCUUGAGAAGCCCUCUAAGUAUGCACAGGGUGGCACAACCUUUAAUGUAUUGAGGAUUUUAACACCAUUUUUAUUGUUGCUUAUGCUGCUUAUAAUUAAGGAUCAGGCUACUAGGGCAAAUGGAAAUUACUGUACAUGUCAGUGUUUGUUUUUUUGAAAUGAGCUUCAGCCUUUUGUGGAUGUUUUCUUAAGAUGACUAGAAAACAGUUGAGUUGUGGCUAAUGAAAGGCUUUGUUUCUUUUAUUUUUCAAAGGAAAUUAACUGUAGAAGAAAAAGAUCGUUUGCAGAAAGAAGAAAAGCUUUCCAAAGUUGAUGAGACAAUCAGUCAUGCUGCUGAAGAAGUGAACCGUUAUCGGUAACUAUGGAUUUCAUUUGGUAUUUUCCUCUGUUGAAUGAACAAAAUUCAGUGGAGAAUUAGACCUAGCAUCUUGAAACUUCUGAAAAAUCAGAGGAGUCGUAUGGAGUAGUACCUCAAGUCAGUGAAGCCCCAUUACAGUAAUCACAACUGACUCAAGCCCCUUCUCAUAGUGUUUUGGGUGGAGAGAGUGGUUAUCAUAGGCUUGGAUUUGAAUGUAUCUUCCUUGAGUAGAAGGGCAAUUCACCAGAUUUUGCUGCUUUCCUCCAUCCUGCUGGAGCCCACUGUGUCCCAUCCCACCUGAAUUCUAGAUGAUCCCUUCAUCCUAAGGAGCCAGGAAAGCCCUGUUAUACGUACCUGGAAGCUCAUCCUUCUCCCAGCCAGAACUUCCUCUAAGGGGCAGGCAGCUUUAAGGUAGCUUUGCAGAGCUUGUGGGUCUUGACAGUCACCAGAUUGACUGGAUAGGUUAUCCCUUUUUUAAGGUGCUAGAUAUUCUAGUGUCCCUUCUAAAUCAGUGGAGGAGGUCCUUCUGCAUCAGUGUUCUUAACAAGGGCUUGUGGGAGUGGUUGGGUGCAGAGAUGCCAAAGAAGGAUGUCAAAACCGUCAGAAUGGUCAUUUCUAGUGCUUUAUUAAAAGAAAGGUUCAGACUUACAGCAAAUCAGCCUGCUAGGUCUCCCAGCCUUUAUGGGAUUGACAUUGAAGUAAGGAGAUGGCUGUCUGCACCCACACAAACAUUCAUACAUUCUUUAUAGACAAAGCAGCAUACGUUUCUCAGCCAGGACUUCCCAUCACUCCACCUGACCAGAUGGGGGCAUAGGGGGCAAAUGCCCAAGUCUUACAGAUAGUUGCCCUUUCUGGGCCCAGAGCCCAGCACUCCAAGCCCACAGAUAAGGAUAGCAUCACAGCAAGCAAAUUAGCUUAUAGCAAAACAAGUGAAUAUAAACAUAUAUGAACUCAUUGCUACAGCUGCCAGUUAAUUGUGGGGUUAUCUUGACUACCAAGAUGACAUUUGCAGAGCUUCUGGAACAAUUUGCCUUUGGUUUGACACAGCCAGGUUAAUACCCUCCCCCAACCUUACAGGGCCUUGUAAAUCAAUGUAGGCUACUAAGCUUCAGUUGGAAGAGACCCCAUUCUAUUCCAGUUUUGUCUCUUUCACAGCAACAGAAUUUUGCAGCCAGCUUGACAAAAGGGAAUAGUUCUGCAGGCAGGUUCCAAUCUGCUUCCAAGGCUAUCUUGUUCUUGCCUAACUGGUGCUCUGCCUUCUGCUUCAGUAGGGCUCCCAGUUAGAUUAGGUUUGGGGUUGUUGCUUUUUUUUAAUGACAUACUUUUCAAUGUUUCUUAAGGUGUUGUGAUAAUAUCUGGUGUGCAAAAUUAUCCUUGUAUAAUUCCAUUACAGACAACGAGCAGAAGAACUAGAAGAAGAACUGAAAAAAACAGUUCACUCUUAUGAGAAUCUGGUAUUUAUAUAUAUAUUGUUUUCUAAAUUAAGUACAUGUGCUAUGUUUACUAUGACUGAUUUCAGUUGCGUUUACUUCAAAGUAUGCUUGCUUACGAUUUCAGCAUUAUAGCGUGAUCCUAAGCAUGUUUACUCAGAAGCAAUCCUUUUUUUCUUAAAAAAUGUUUAGGGGUACUCUCAUUUUGACUCAAGAAAAUCACUGUUUUGUAAUUCAAAUUGGGGGAAAUAAAUACAGUAAAUGGACAAAAGUACAAAGAUUCACAAAAUGUUUAGGGGUACGCAUAUCCCUGCGUCCCCCCAGAAAAAAAGCACUGCUCAGAAGUAAAGUUCAGUUCAAUUAAAUUUGCUCCCAGACAAGUGUAUAGCAGACUGAGGCCUUGUUGUUAUUAUUUUUAUUAAUAACAUAUAUCUUAAAUGCAGCAUCUCUCACCUUUAAAAGUUUAUUGACUUUGACCACAGGUGAGGAAUGUAUCCAGUGGACUAGAUCCAAAACUUCCCCACCUCUGUGGGCCAUUUUGAUAAGUGGAUGGGGUUGCCCAUAUGUCAGUCCAUGAUGGCCCAUGACAUCAAGUGAUGCAACACAAAAGCACAUCAAGUGAACUCCCAUUUCUUCCUUAGCGGGUACGGCUUUUCAACUGAAGCAGUGGCUGCGAAGGAACAUUCUACCUUUGCAGACAUGGCUCAUCUUUGAGUCAUGGCAGCAAAGGAAAAUUUCUGUUUGUGAUUUGCUCCUUUUUGCAUUUGGCAUCAUUUUCUUUCUACAGGAGGAGUACCUCUGCUGAGUUUAGGAGUAGCUUAGCGUUACAUACGAACCACAUAUCCUGGUUUAAAACAAGCUGUUUUAGUUUCUAAAUAGGCCAACUUCAAACCAUGUGUGAACCCAGCCAGUGCUAUGUAUUUAAGUACUCAAGAUGUUACUUUAUAUUUGAUCAAAAGCAUGCCAGAUCAUUUGCCAGCCCUCUCUCAACUCCUUGUGGAGUCAUCUAAGGCCCACCUAAGCUCAGCAUGAAUAGGAGUGGGAUGGGGGAAUUCUUGUGUCAAUUCAUGCACUUUCCUCUUCCUCCUCUUUGGUUUCUGAGGCACGCAGCUGAGAAACGGAGGCAUGCUAGUAUCUGUCCAGAGGGCAUUCCUCUCUUGUGCCUGAGACACUUUCAUUGGAGUAAAAUGCUGGGAACGUAAAAAACAACAACCUUGUUUGCUGUUGUUGAUGAACUUGGCAAGAAAGAAGUGGAGAUAAGAGAAGAAACAGCAGGAAAAAAUGUGGUGGGAAAUGAGAGGAGGAGUGAGCAAGCAAGAGCACUGCAGGGCAAUGUGAGAGUAAAACAGUAUUGAGGAAGGCAGAGAGACCUGUGGAGUGGAGGCACAACAGAGAUAAACAUUAUGGAGUGGGGAAAGGAGAGAGAUUAAUAGAAGGUGGGUGUGGAGAGAAAGUGAAUUGCCAUAUACAGUGGUACCUCUGGAUGCGAACAGGAUCCGUUCUGGAGCCCUGUUCACAUCCUGAAGCGAACGCAACCUGCAUCUGCACGGGUUGCGAUUUGCCGCUUCCGCACAUGCAUGUGAUGUCAUUUUGAGCAUCUGCACAUGCGCAAGCGGUGAAACCCGGAAGUAACGCGCGCCGUUACUUCCGGGUUGCCGUGGAGCAGAAUCCGAAAAUAUUCAUCCCGAAGUUACUUCAACCCGAGGUAUGACUGUACUUUCCCACAAGUCAUGUGCUAGCGUGGCUCUUUGGAAUUAAAAAAAUGCAUCUUGCCUUUCAGACUGUGAUUUGAGUUCUGCACCUCUGAACUAAUGUGGAAUUCUCUUUUAACAGGUUAAGUCCCAUGAGCAGAAAGCUCAUGAUAACUGGGUAAGUUGCAAAUGCUAAAAACCUGCCAGCCUUUCUGAAAAGUGUGAUGCUUUCAAAAGGGGCAAAGGCAUUUUUAUUAUUUUAUUUUAAAAUAUUUGUAUGCUGCCUUUGAGAGAUUCACCUGGAUCUUUCUAAUACACUCAUUUGCCCCUUGCUCUGCAGCUGUCCCAAAACAACUGUUAGACUGCUCCUUUGAACUCCCCAAGUUUAGCCAUUAUGCUGGGUAAAUUGACAAAAGUUGUUUUGAAGGUUUUCUGUGAGCUGCUAUAAAUCCAGAUGUGCACCUGGAUGCUGCUACCCCACCCCGUUUGUUAUCUUACUCAUUUACUGACCACCAGCUCCCCAAUAGGAUUUUUAAAUUAUAUUUUAUAGGGCCUUUUAAACUUUCUCUCUUUAAAUAAGUAUAUUCUAUCUCCUGAUAAAGUCUGGUGCUAUUGCUCCGUUGUAGGAUCAGCUGCAGGGCUCUGCGUGCUGUUCAGUGGCAGAAUUUGUGGCAGUUCAAGUUGUGUUUGGAGAAAAGCCACUCUGCAAUGCAUUUCAGAAGGAACUCUUUCAGGGCAGAGGAAGAAUGGAGAAGGGGGGGGGGAAGCUUCCUAUGCCCCUUGGUUCAGAAUUGUAGGACCAUAAAAAUACUCCUUUUCAUUAGUACUAGUAAAAAAUAGGUGGGGUAAAUCCAGUGCUUUUUUCCUUUAAAAAAUGUUUAGGGGUACUCUCAUUUUGACUCAAGAAAAUCUCCAUUUUAUAGUUCAAAUCGGGGGAAAUAAAUACAGUAAAUGGACAAAAUUACAAAGAUUCACAAAAUGUUUAGGGGUAUGUGUACCCCUGCAUCCUCCCUGAAAAAAAUCACUGGAUAAAUCUAAUUGACCUCAAAAGGUACAAGCUUAUGGCAGGAAAAGACUAUAUCAAUAUGAGCCCAUGGAUGCUGUGACCAGUUUCCUCAGUGUCUUAUGGAAUCUUUUUUUAUAGUAACAGUAAAUCCCUUCUUGUAAAAAUAAAUCCUUCCAAACCCAAUGCCAAUUUUAAAAUGUUUGAUUUUGCAACACUCUCCUGGCCUUGUUUCAAUGCCAUUUUAAUAAAUACUUUGGCUGUUUUUGCGGCUCUUAUCUAAGAAUAAAACAGUCUGUCCUCUGAUAACAUUGCAGUAAUGGAGAACAAAAUGUGAUUGCAAAACCCAUCUUUCACACAAGACAAAAAAUAAACCCCACCCCUCUCGUUCCGUUUAUAAGGCACUCCAGUUUUAUUAAGAGAUUCACACAAACGGAAUCCAAGGCUUAUCCAUAUGAAAGCUUCCUCCAGAGCUUGAAUUGGCAUGGACCGCUAAAACAGAUGGGAAGGGAAAAUGUCCCAGCUAGGAUUGAGGGCUUGCUCAACAACCGUUGGGUGGGAUUCAGUUAGUGAGGCCCCUGCACAGAGACUCCGCACCCCUUCAAACUGGCUUGGGUGGCAGGUGGGAGAACUGGAAUGGUUCCUGGGGAUCGUUCCAUCUGGCAAGCCAAACUGCUUUCCCUGAUGGAACGAUCAGAAGAGCGCAACCUUGAAUUCCUGCCAUUAGUUUGAUCUGUACUAAUCCUGCUAGACUUGGAGUAGCUAACAUCAUGCUUCUAGAUGUUCUAGUUACAGGUAGGUAGCCGUGUUGGUCUGCUGUAGUCGAAACAAAAUAAAAAAAAUCCUUCCAGUAGCACCUUAGAGACCAACUAAGUUUGUCAUUGGUAUGAGCUUUCGUGUGCAUGCACAGCUGUUGGUAUCUGAAGAAGUGUGCAUGCACACGAAAGCUCAUACCAAUAACAAACUUAGUUGGUCUCUAAGGUGCUACUGGAAGGAAUUUUCCUAUUUUACUUCUAGAUGUUAGACUACACAGAGAGCCAGUGUGGUGUAAUGGUUAAGAGCGGUAGACUCGUAAUCUGGUGAACCGAGUUCGCGUCUCCGCUCCUCCACAUGCAGCUGCUGGGUGACCUUGGGCCAGUCACACUUCUUUGAAGUCUCUCAGCCCCACUCACCUCACAGAGUGUUUGUUGUGGGGGAGGAAGGGAAAGGAGAAUGUUAGCCGCUUUGAGACUCCUUCGGGUAGUGAUAAAGCGGGAUAUAAAAUCCAAACUCUUCUUCUACACUGCCCAUCAUCCCAGCCCUGUUGGCCAUACUAAUGGGCUGAUGGAUAUUGUAGACUUUCACAUGGAGGGCAGUUGGCUACUCAUAGUUUGUUUUCACCAGCUCAACAGCGCCAUCUCUGUGUAAGUUGUGGGUGUCAGAGAUGGUGACAUUUUAGUAGCUACUCCAUCUAAGGAGCAUGCUAAUUAAUCUCCAACUUUUAUGGGCAAGAGAACGCCAUCAGUAUUCCAUAGCUUCUUUGUCUGUUAGUACCCAUUGGGUCAAAUUGCUAGUGAAUAAGAAAGAUCAGGAUAUUUAAAAGCAGGUUUACACCCAGACCCUUGAUGGAGUCACAGUGGUCCAGCAGCUGCAAAUUGCAUUGAAAUCACCAGUCUUGCAUUGUGGUCAUUGCUGAACAUGGAGGAGGGGUACUUCACUUUUAGUGUCAUUUAAGCUGUUUCAUGGGACGCGGGUGGCACUGUGGGUAAAACCUCAGCGCCUAGAACUUGCCGAUCGUAUGGUCGGCGGUUCGAAUCCCCGCGGUGGGGUGUGCUCCUGUCGUUCGGUCCCAGCGCCUGCCAACCUAGCAGUUCGAAAGCACCCCCGGGUGCAAGUAGAUAAAUAGGGACCGCUUACCAGCGGGAAGGUAAACAGCGUUCCAUGUGCUGUGCUGGCUCGCCAGAUGCAGCUUGUCACGCUGGCCACUUGACCCAGAAGUGUCUGCGGACAGCGCUGGCUCCUGGCCUAUAGUGUGAGAUGAGCGCACAACCCUAGAGUCUGGCAAGACUGGCCCGUAUGGGCAGGGGUACCUUUACCUUUACCUUAAGCUGUUUCAUAGGCUUCCUAAUAGACUGCUGUUCUACGACAGGAGAUAACAGUGUUCGAACUUUCAACUGGAAAUAUUUCUUGUGCUUUAAGGAAUAGCAGUAUUUAACAAGAACUUUUAUUUUUAAAGCUGGCAGCACGGGCAGCUGAAAGGCACCUCAGUGAUAUAAGAGAAGAAAAUGCAUACAGUAGACAAAAGUAAGCAUUAAAAUGUACAUACUGAAGAACUUGAUUUUGUUGACGUACUGUUGUCACUGAAUAAUGUGCCGUCGUUCAGUUACUAUGUGACACCAGUGAUCAGUUAUGUGGGUUUUCUGGAAAAAUAAAAAACGAUACAUAUGCGCAGGCUGAUGUGUGUCAUCAGCGUAUUACAAUGGACGCUCAGGUUGUGAAUGUGAUCUGUACGGGAGGCACUUUCGCAACCCGCAGCACCGCGUCUGCGCAUGCACAGGUCGCGAUUUGUCGCUUACGCGCAAUGUGUGAUUUAGUGUUUCUGCGCAUGCGCAAGCGCUGCAACCCAGAAGUAACCGGUACUUCCAGAUUUGGUGCGGUGCGCAACCCACAAAUGCGCAGCCAGAAGCAUCUGUAACCCGAGGUAUGACUGUACUGACAAUGUACUCCAAAACUCUGGAUUUAACUUUCUGAUUUAACAAUUAAUGCCUGUAAUCUAUUUCAUUAACUGAUUUUUACCUUUUUCAUCAGUUGAAAAGUUGAGUUCUAGAAAAAAAUAGGGAAGAAGUUAGUUUAUUAACAUGUUCUUCUUUCCUUUAGAUUAACAGAAGCAGAAUUUAAAUUUGAUCGUUUGGAAAAGGAUCCUUAUGCUCUUGAUAUGCCAGUUAGGGCAUUUGGCAGAGGUACAGUACUUUUUAAAAUGUGCAUCUUGUUGAAGUGUAAAGAGAUCAUGACUCCAUUUAUGUAUGAAAGCAUAGCUGGUCUUUAUUCAUGCAGGGAUCAUUUUUAUUUCUUUGACCUUUAGCAGCAACAGCAUAUAGUAUUUUGAUUCCCAUUGUAAUUUUUGUUCCUAUUAACAAUCUGUAGAGCAUUUGAAAAUUAUUUCAAAUGACUUUUUUUUUUUAAAUUCCAUGACUGAUAAUGAAGUCAGGAGGUUGACUUUUCUUUUGUCCCAAAUUAGUUUUAAACCUAGGUGAGAAAUGAACUAUAUGUCAGCCCAUUAACUCUAACCUGUGAAUUUUAGUAUUUUGUUUUAACUGUUCCAGAGCACUCCCCAUAUGGACCCUCACCAAUGGGCAGACCUUCAUCUGAAACAAGAGCUUUUCUUUCCCCUCCAACCUUAUUGGAGGGCCCCUUAAGAUUUUCACCUGUGCUUCCAGGUGGUGGAGGAGGAAGAGGUACAAUUCUUAAAUUUGAAAACUUAACUUUCAUGGAUUCUCUCUCCUCUUAGUCUAUCCCUCCUUUCUUGGUAAUGGAUCUAUCUGUAAAAGUAUACUAAAAAGAACCCGGUUAAGAGUAAGCUUAAAUUAUCCAUAUAAAUGCACUCUAGCAUAUAGGUCAGGAAGCAGAAGUAUACAGUACCAUUAUGACUCUAUGUUCCAAAAACCAGUGUGUUGGAUCUAAAAAUGCUCUUUUACAUGUGAAAGAUGUAUUCUGCUCAUGGAAGGAUUCUUAACAGCACCUACUAGUGCUUUUUGUGAAUAUCAUGAAACUAUCUAUGCGUCCACUAGUGCUGUCCAUCCAUUUGUGGAACAGUCUAUUUCCCCUAGUUUCUGCAGCUCAUUACAGUAGAUGGGUGCCCAACGCAAAACAAAAACAGAAUAAAAGCUUUAAAAAAACACCUACUUUACUCUUAAUUUUUUAAACCAACACUGCUCAUCCAUCUAGCUACUAAAAGUGAAGCCAGUGCCAUCUUUCAGAUUCAAGAAAGGGAGUUUGAAAGAGUAGGCCUUUUAUAUCAUUGUAGCAAGAAUAUUUGAGUCUAUUUGUAUUUUAGGCUGUUGAUCUCAACAGAAAAAAACAAAAGAAUUUUGUUUUUAACUGAUAUGUAUUGACAGCAUGUGGUGAAUAAUCUCAGGAGCUGUUUCUUUUUGUUCUGGCUUUUGUUGGAGAGGAUGGAGGAAAUAUGUCAAUUUGCUGACUUGAAAGUGCAACUAUACUCAGAUAAAUUCAGAGCCAGUACAAGUAUAACAAAAUAGGUGAUAGACCAACAUAAAUCAGUACUUAUGAGCCACAGAGUGAGUCAGACCUUAAAAGCUUCUCAACAGCUUGAAUAAUUAGAAAUGAAAACGCUUUAAUGUACAGUAGUUCAAAAUAUUGCCCUACUGGUUUAAAGCGUGUUUUCUCAUUUAUUCUUCUAAAUGGGGGGAAAAUUCUCUAAUCUUUUCCAGCUGUCUUCUUACUUUAAAUAUUAGAGAUUUAAGAGAGGGGAGAAUGUUGCAUUUGAUGGGUUUGAUCAAAUUGCUUGGGGAAGAGGAAGCAGAAUUGGGCUCUGAGGGAGGAGGAAUCUCUGCCAAGAUGUUGCCAACACUGAUGAGGUUGAUGAAAAGACUUCUAACGUUCUUUUUCCUCCCUUUGCCCAGUGAGAGGAAUCAGAAUAUAAUGUAGACUUUGUUUCAGGGUUCCUUCCACCCUCUUUCAAAGCAGCUGUCUCUUAGUAUUUACUGUACUUUUGACUGACUGAACAGUUGCACCCCUCCUGGAAAAAGAGCACAAGACUGAAAUUCACCAAGGGAGCCAUGUGUGUUAUUCUACCACCUUUCAAUGUGUUGGGAUCUCGUGGUUUGGUACUCGUUGAAAACUGCAAUGACGGAUGUCUCAAGUGACUGAAUCCAUUGUAACUUGUUCAAUUAGGAUCAAGAGGACCGGGGAAUGCUGGCAUGUAUGAAGUUAGUAAUGAAAGAGGAGAGUUGCAUUCUGACAGGUUAUCUGAUCCCCACAGACCACCUUCUGACACUGGAUCUUUGUCACCUCCAUGGGAUAGAGAUCACAGGAUAAUGCCCCCGCCUCCAGGUAACUAAACACAGCCCAUCAUUCUUGGACAUUUUCUAUUUUAAUGGCAAUUACAAAAUGAAAUACUGCUGAGCUCCCUUUUGUUUUGAACCGUGCUGUGACCUCUGGAGGGAUCAUUGCCAGGGCUUUUUAGGUUCAAGUGUUUGAUGUUGUACCUAAGGGAUAGCAGCAUACGUAUGAUAUAUAUGAGUCUGAUAACUGCUUAAAGAUUCCAAGACCAUAUUGUAUAGUUGAUCGACCUUGAUAAAUGGGAUAGAUGUGAGAUUUCCAUCAGCUACUAGGUUUAGCUAGCUAUCGCCCCAUGUCCUUUAGUUUGCAUAUUCCAUAACACAAGGAAUAGAAGAUAUAAGUUGUUGAUAAGCCAUCUAAUAAAAUCUACUGAAUAAAUUGCACUUUUUUAUUGAAUGGUAGGUCAGCUGUAUAAUGAGCAAUCUCUUCCUCGAAGACCAGAAAGAUUUUAUCCCAGUCAUCCCAACUCAGGAAGACUUUCGGGACCAGCAGAACUAAGAAGUUAUAGCAUGCCUUCAUUUGAUAAAGCAGGUAGGAACUGCUUUCUUUUAGUGCCCAAAUAAAGGAGUUCAUUACCAAAUUUGGCUGCAGCAGUAAAUAAUCCUUUUCUGCUCAGAACUAAACCCCAAAGAGCUUGAAAUCCAAAACACUCAGAGCACUUUCUGUUCUCUUGUUCGUAGCAUAUCAAAGAAUGCCAGUAAUGACUUUGGUAUUUUGAAAUUAAUGUUCUUUGCUGUUUGUAAUACCAAGCAGUAAUCCAUGUUUGUGAUACAAAAAAAAAAAAAAAGAGGCAGCAAUAAAGUUUAAGAAACUUCUGCACUUUCUCUGUGUUAACUGGACUGCUAUGCUUUGCUUACCAUAAGUCACAUCAUUCCUUUAUCUCCAUUCAGCAUCUGUGGUCACAUGUGGGAAGGAAUAACCUGAAUUCAUGCUGAAAGCAAAAAGCCUUUCAUCUAAGACAUUUGACCCAAGAUCAGUAAAACAUUGAUUUAGACUUUGAAACAGACCUUGUUCUCUACAACCAGCACAGCGUUUAAACAAUGCCUUUGGUGUUUACACACUGGUUGUUUUGAAAAGAUAAAUUUUCUUCCCUGAAAUGAUCGUCUAGUAAAUCUAUACAGCAGCCUUGUCAUUUAUUUAACUUCAGUAGGAAAAACAAUAGUUCAAACUGGUUGUGAGCGGGAAUGGCACUAUUUGUUUUGUUUUUUGAAGGGCACAAAAGUAUCAAUACAGUCAACACCUCUGUUUAGUAAAUGUGCAAAAACAUACAUUUCCACACCCAUCUGUUCUUUGGAGGAAAGCUGUUUUGGGACUACUUAAUGCUAAAGUGCUUGUUGGCUAUUUCCCCCCACUUCCAGAUGGACAAGCAUCUGAGAAUAACUCAGGAACAGACUUAAGUGGAAAUGGAAUAAGAGAUCAUCCCAAUGACAGUGUAAGUAACAGACAAAAGACUGAGAAGAUCAAUUUCAUUUGGUGCGAAAAAGGUUUGCCAAGUUUCUGCUGAAUUUGACAGUUCUUUAAAUUGAUUUUACACAGUAUGUAUUUUGCUACAGCAUUAUUUAUUACCUUGUGGGCAUUUUCAAUUACUGAAGACAUGUUAGCUAAAAUAAUAGUUUCACGACUGAAUUUAUUUACAACCUGCAAGAGCAAGAAAGAUGAAAGGACCGAAAAGAAAGGUAGUUGGAAAUGAGUGGACUAGCUUUUCAGCACAGGGGUGAUGUUAUGUCUUGCUUUAAUGAACUUCCUACUUGUAGCCUUUGAGUUUGGCUCCAUCUCAGUCCUGUUAGCCCACAUUCCUGAUUUGGAUUGGGCUUCUGCUUUGAUCUGCCCUCUUUGGAGCUUGUAAAUCAUAGCUUCUUUUCGGGCUUACGUGCUUUGACAAGUUUCUCAGUGGCUUGAAAAAGUGGCACGAGCUUCUUUCUAAAUCUUAACUUGCCCACUUCCCUUUCCUCACAGAAUACACUCAAUGCCUCGGAUCAGUCUCAUGCACCUGACAAUGGAGGCUUUGGGCCUGGAAUUGUGCCGCCCCCACUGCCCUUACUGCGAGCUCCUCUAAUGCCAAUGGACCCAAGAGGGCCUUUCAUGAGAAGAGGCCCUCCCUUUCCACCAGUGCCUCCUAGUGGAUAUGGACCUCGAGAAUAUUUCCCAAGGGAUUUUGCUGGUCUGCCACGUCCUCUUCUGCCAAGUAUGUUCUUGCUGCUCUUACAUUAUUUUCCCCCUAAAAUAAAUAAUGAAAUGCAUUUCACGGGGAAACGUUUGGAAACCGCAAUAACUUGAGGCACAACCCAGGAAACAUGAAUUGCACCCAAGUUCCACUGAAAUGAAUGGGCUUAAGUUAGUCGAUAGAGCAAACCUGCUCCCAGUGUCUCUGUUCCCAUCAGCUUCAUGGAGUGGGAAGGUAGGAAGGAGGACUCUUCACAUAGACUCCUCCAUGUGGACGGGAAUCUCCUGCAAUCAGCUGAGUACAUGAAGAUUCCCCCUCCAGACCUUCUCACUCAGUGUGUAAGUUCUGCAGCUAGUAGUGGGAGAAGAGGCUAGCAUGUGCAGCUCUGGUCCUCUAUAUACCUGGAAGGCAUCAGGUCCAGGAAAUCUCUUCUUUAUGUUGGAGAUGAAUGCCUGAACGGGUCUUGCUAACUUGCUGAUGGUGCUCAAUAACUUUUAAUGGACAUUUUCCCAAGUUCAAAGCUGUGUUAAGGGAAUUAAUAACUACUUUUAGUGGAAGAUAUGAUUAAACUUUACCUCGUAAGCUAUUGUUAGAAAACCUAACAAGCCUUUCUCAGCGGCUGCACCCAGGUUUUAAAAUACCUUACCCGGUGAGGCCCGUUUGGGCCCUCUUAACUGCUUUGUGAUGAUUGAUUAAAACAUUGUGUUGAAACAACAACCAGUUUUAUUAUAUGGUUGCUGCUGGACAAAUUAUUUCUAUAAGGUAGACUUUCAUUUUAGAAUGCUCUUAGCAUCUGAGUCGGUUUUCAUUCCCGGUUAAUUGUAAACCACUCUGAAUGAUGCAGAUGUGUUAGAAGGGCAGGAUAAAUAAAUUUGGAAAUUCUCUGCUCCAAGUGCUACUCUACAUCUCUUGUCAGAUGAAGAGACCAGUGCUAGCGUAAUCUUCCACAGCAAAGGGGCCCGUGAGUUAGGCAGUCUAGAUGCCAUAGCUUCCCUUAUGAAGUUGGCCAUGGCAAGAUAGUCGUUGAACCUCACAUCACAUAGCAGCAUUUCCUUUAUACAACAGGACUUCCCCCUCUUUUUCUCCUCCUGCAGCUCCCUUCCCUGAGUUCCCUCAGUGCUCCAAAGCAGGUGUUGGGCACAUGUGGGGCCUGCAGAGGUGAGGAGAAUCCUGUUGUACAAGGAAAAUUUCUGUCCCACUUGCACAUGGACGCUCCUGGAUACCUCAAUGGGCAUUAUUGAAGUAUUACCGGUAACUAUUAACAUUUGCUGCCCCUUCACCAUGGAAGGCAAACAUCUUCCAUGGUUAUAUAGGCAUCUUGAACUUGUAUUGUUGAGAAGCUUUCUAAUGUCUUCCUUUAUUCUUGCUUAUGGGUUACAGCUACUGUUGAUUUUAAUGUGUGUGCUUGUGAGUAUUCAGUGUCAAAUCUGUAAGAAAGUAGCUCCAUUCUGAGUACUAAUCCAAACGGGCUUUGAUCAUUCUCUUUCAACAGUGAGAGGUCCAUUUCCUGUGAGGCCUUAUUCUCAAUACCCGCCUCCAAGGGCUGGGUUUUUUCCACCACUGCCACCUGAGAGCAGAAAUGAAAUGCCUGCUGAGUUAACACAUCCGUCAACUGCAUCUUCUGCAACUCCUCAAGAAUCACAACAAGAGACUUGACUCUAUUUUGAACUAGCGCUAUUCUUUUCCUCUCAACUCGGUAAUUUGCUGUUAAGUAGCUAUUGUUACUUAACUGACUGUAUUAUUGCUCAAAUUGAAGCUUAAUAGAAUAAUUCUCAGGAGAGUGCCCUGUAAAUAAUGGUCUAACUGUGAAUAAAUGGAUUUUCAUUGUACAGCAGUAACUAAAUUAUUUUUAAUUUGCAUAUCUAGGAGAUGUAAAAAUUUGUACCAUGUAAGAACUCUCCUGUUGUUUUGGUCUCAUAGAAAAUAAUUGCAUGUGAAGAGAAUACUUGUAACAAAAGACAAUGUGAAAAAAAUUAAAUGGAUUUAAUAAUUUUUGGUA